CUUGGAUAUUCUGGAAACAUACUGGAUAAAAGGAUUGUUGCUGAGGCAGUAGCCUUCUGGGCACAGUCCCAUCAGUUAUAGGCACCAUUGUAAUCCAAGGUGCCUACUAUCAUGACAACACAGGCGCCAACAUUUACACAACCGCUUCAAAGCGUUGUGGCACUUGAGGGUAGUGCUGCAACCUUUGAAGCUCAAGCUAGUGGUAAUCCAGUUCCUGAGGUGAGCUGGUUUCGUGAUGGCCAGGUUCUUUCUACUGCCGCUCUGCCCGGCGCUCAGAUCUCGUUCAGCGAAGGCCGCGCUGUUCUGAAGAUCCCCGCCGUGACAGCCGCACACAGUGGAAGAUUUUCUGUAAGAGCCACCAAUGGAGCUGGACAAGCCACUAGCACUGCUGAACUCCUGGUUACAGCGGAAACUGCGCCCCCAACCUUUAUUCAGAGAUUGCAAAGCAUAACUGUGCAACAAGGAAAACAAGUGAGACUGGACGUCCGUGUGACAGGAAUCCCUACACCUGUGGUGAAGUUUUACAGAGAGGGAGCUGAGAUUCAGAGCUCAGCUGACUUUCAGAUUGUUCAAGAUGGAGACCUUUACAGUUUGUUGAUUGCCGAGGCUUUUCCUGAAGACUCUGGUACAUACUCAGUUAUUGCCUCCAACAGCAGUGGACGUGCCACUUCGACUGCAGAACUACUGGUUCAAGGCGAAGAAGUUGAAGUGCCUGCUAAGAAGACUAAGACAGUUGUUUCAACUUCUCAGAUUUCUCAGAGCAAGGUGGAAAAGAAAGUGGAGGCCCAUUUUGAAUCAUCAGCCAUGAUAGAAAUGCAAAUGGAGGGGGGGACUGAGAUUGAACAUUUGGCUCACAAGACACCCCCUCGUGUGCCUGGAAAACCAACCUCAAUGUCCCCACCACCAGCUUCAGCAGUUUCAAAGGUUGCAGCUGCUCGCCACCAGUCACCUUCCCCUGUAAGACAUGUUAAGGCUCCAACCCCCACACCUGUGAGGCCUGGGUCCCCGACUUCAAGAGUGUCUGUGUCCCCAAUCAGACCUGUGAAGUCUCCUUUAACCACACGCAAGUAUGUCACACAGGCUGCUGAUGUUCUGCCUCCAUGGAAGCAGGAAGGCUAUGUAGCAGAUUCCAGCUAUACUACUAUGUCUGCUGGAUCCACAUAUGUACAGUCCUCUUCCACACAUGUCCAAAAAGAACAGUGGGAAGGCUCUUUUGCCAUGCAGCAACAGAUCAGUGGAGCAAUUAUCAAAGAGGUCGUGGAGGCUGCAAUGAUCCCUUCACACAUGCAAGUGCAAGUGAUGCCACCAACAGUUGUGGCUUGCUUGAAGAACCUGACUGUUACUGAAGGAGAGUCCGUGACACUGGAGUGCCAGAUCUCAGGCCACCCCACACCAGGCAUUAUGUGGUUCAGAGAGGACUACAGAAUUGAAAACUCUAUUGACUUCCAGAUCACAUAUGAGCAAGGAUAUGCCCGUUUAGUGAUCCGUGAGGCUUUUGCUGAGGAUAGUGGACGUUUCACUUGCACUGCAACAAACGAGGCUGGAACAAUCAGCACCUCCUGCUACCUGCUUGUGCAAGUCUCUGAAGAAAUUGAGAGUCGGGAGGAUCUAACUGCUGUUUCUGAACAUGUCGAAGUAUCAAUGCAAGAAAGACUGAUUGCAGCUGAAGCCAGACAAGAGACCAGGUCAGAAAUCAGUGCUGUAUCUGAAUCUGUGGACACUGGAGCAGCUGUGGCUCCAUUCUUUGUGAGUAAGCCCACAGUGCAGAAACUGGUAGAAGGUGAUAGCAUCGUCUUUGAAUGCCAGAUCGGAGGUAGUCCUAAACCUCACAUCUACUGGAAAAAGAAUGGAAUUCCACUCACUACUGGAUACAGAUAUAAAGUUGCUUACAAUAAAGAAACUGGUCAAUGCAAAUUGGAGAUUUCUAUGACAUUUUCUGAUGAUGCUGGAGAAUACGUAGUAUUUGCCAGGAACAAGCUUGGAGAGGCAUCUGCAUCGGCUGUGCUGCUUAAUGAAGAGGCAUAUGAAGCUUACAUAAAAGAACAUGAAGUAACAUAUAAGACUGAAGUGACAACAGUAGUGGAGCCCAGAGUUGGAGAUGUACCACCAGUAUUUACAAAUGAACUUGAAAAAGAGCAGUUACUCAUUCAGAGGAAAAUGGCUAAACAAACACAAAUGAUGCAAUCAUUCACCUCUGAACAGGAGUUUCAGAUAUCUUCUGUUGAGCAGAGGUUCAUGUAUGAGAUUGAGUGUCAUCUUCUUAAGAUUACCUACCAAAAAUUGCUGGCUGAUGAUGGGGAGCAGAUGGACAUGACAAUUUCAGAGCAUGAGUGUGAAUUCCCAGUUUUUAACACUCCAGUGAAAAAUUACAAGCUCAGGGAAGGAAUGAGUGCUACACUGCACUUUAAAAUGACAGGAACACCACUUCCUAAGAUUGCAUGGUAUAAAGAUGGCAAACGCCUAAGACACGGAGAACAUUAUCAAAUGGAGGUUCUUAAAGAUGGUAGAGCCAGUCUACGUCUUCCUGUGGUGCUGCCAGAGGAUGAGGGAAUCUACACUGCUUUGAUUAGCAACAUUAAGGGUAAUGCUGUCAGCUCUGGCAAGCUGCAUGUGGAAUUAGCUGAUUCAGUGGUACAGCCACGGUACCGUCAACCAGAAACAGCUCAGAGAUUCAGAUCCACUUCACCACGCUCUACCAGUCGUUCUCCUGCUCGCAGACUGGAUGAGACUGAUGAAGCCCAACUUGAAAGGCUUUAUAAGCCUGUAUUUAUCACAAAGCCUUCUUCCUUUAAGUGCUCUGAGGGUCAAACUGCAAGAUUUGAUCUGAAAGUUGUAGGAAGGCCCAUGCCUGAAACUUACUGGUUCCAUAACGGACAACAAGUGGUAAAUGACUAUACUCACAAGAUUGUGGUAAAGGAAGAUGGAACCCAGUCAUUGAUUGUGGUUCCGGCUAUGCCUCAUGACUCUGGAGAAUGGACAGUUGUUGCUCAAAACAGAGCUGGAAAAACCUCUGUUUCUAUGACUCUCUCUGUUGAAGCUAAGGAAAACUUGGUGAGACCCCAAUUUGUUGAGAAGCUGAAGAACAUUAGUGUUAAAACAGGCAGCUUGGUUGAGUUGGCGGUUAAAGCAAUCGGCUCACCUCUUCCUGACAUUGUUUGGUUGAAGAACAGUGACAUCAUCACCCCACAGAAGCACCCACACAUCAGAAUUGAGGGUGGUAAAGGGGAGGCUUCUUUCAAGAUCCCCCAGACUUCUGGAUCUGAUAGUGCAUGGUACACUGCUACAGCUAUUAACAAAGCUGGCCGAGAUACUACUCGCUGCAAAAUCAAUGUUGAAGUGGAGGCAGCCGGACCUCAGCCAGAGAGAAAGCUUAUUAUUACUAAAGGAACUUACAAAGCUAAGGAAAUUGCUGCACCGGAGUUGGAGCCACUGCAUCUUCGUUAUGGUCAGGAACAAUGGGAGGAGGGUGACCUUUAUGACAAGGAGAAGCAACAGAAACCUCAGUUCAAAAAGAAACUGACAUCUGUCAGACUAAAGCAGUUUGGUCCUGUACAUUUUGAAUGCAGACUUACGCCUAUUGGUGAUCCCACAAUGAUUGUCGAGUGGCUGCACGAUGGUAAGCCCCUGGCAGCUGCUAACAGACUACGUAUGGUCAAUGAGUUUGGAUACUGCAGUCUCGACUAUGAAGCUGCUUAUGCCAGAGACAGUGGUGUCAUCACAUGCAGAGCUACCAACAAGUAUAGUGUUGACCAGACCUCAGCCACAUUGAUUGUGAAAGAUGAGAAGAGCCUUGUUGAGGAAAGUCAGUUGCCUGAGGGUAGGCGGGGACAGAGAAUAGAUGAAAUUGAGCGUAUUGCCCAUGAGGGAGGUCCUACUGGAGUUACUGGAGAUGAAACAACAGAGAAAACUAAGCCUGAGAUUGUACUGCUUCCAGAGCCCAUUAGAGUACUGGAGGGAGAAACUGCUAAAUUCCGUUGUAGAGUAACUGGAUACCCAACCCCCAAAGUCAACUGGUACCUGAAUGGACAGCUUAUUCGCAAGAGCAAAAGAUUCAGGCUACAGUAUGAUGGCAUUCACUACCUUGAGAUUGUGGACUGCAAGUCUUAUGAUUCAGGAGAUGUGAAGGUUACGGCAGAGAACCCUGAAGGUGUCAUUGAGCAUGUUGUGAAGUUUGAGAUUCAACAAAGGGAGGACUUCCGAGCAGUUCUGCGUCGGGCCCCAGAAAUUAAGCCUCCUCCAACUGUUCAAGAGCAUGGAAGGGUGUCCUUUGAGGUUAUUAAACCAGAGAAGUCCUCAGAAAUCUCUAAAGAGUCAAAAGAGGUGGUAAAGUUGAAGAAAGCAGAGAGGGUAAUUCAUGAGAAAUUAACUGAGGAAUCCGAAGAGCUGAGAAGCAAAUUUAAACGCAGAACCCAGGAAGGCUACUAUGAGGCAAUUACUGCAGUUGAACUAAAGUCCCGUAAGAGAGAUGAGUCCUAUGAAGAUAUGCUUAGGAAGAGCAAAGAUAAACUCCUUCAUCAUACCAAAGAACUAACUGAGGCUGAAAAGAAAAGGGAAGAAGAGGAACAUAAACUCACCAUUCCCAAAAUCAAACCAGACAGAAUAGUACUUUCACCAAGUAUGGAGGCUCCAAAAAUUCUGGAGCGUAUUCAGAGUCAGACAGUCGCCCAAGGAGAUGAAGUACGCUUCCAUUGCAGAGUAGCUGGUAAACCAGAUCCAGAAUGCCAGUGGUUCAAAAAUGGAGUUUUGCUGGAAAAAACAGAGCGAAUUUAUUGGUACUGGCCCGAGGACCAUGUCUGUGAACUGGUCAUUAGAGAUGUGUCCACUGAAGAUUCUGCUAGUAUCAUGGUCAAGGUUAUGAACAUUGCAGGAGAGACCUCAAGCCAUGCAUUCUUACUGAUUCAAGGAAAACAAGUUCUAUCAUUUACCCAAAUGCUAGAAGAUCUAUAUGCCAAAGAAAAAGAUACCAUGAUGACCUUCGAAUGUGAGACCAAUGAGCCCUUUGUCAAGGUCAAAUGGCUGAAGAACAAUGCAGAGAUUUUCUCUGGAGACAAGUACAGGAUGCACUCUGACAGAAAGGUGCAUUUUAUGUCUGUACUGAUCAUCAACAUGAGUGAUGAAGCAGAGUAUAGUUGUGUAAUUGCUGAUGAUGACAACAUAAGAACAACUGCAAGACUUCAUGUUGAAGGUUCACCACUUGAAAUUUUGAAGAAUCUUGAGAAUACAGAAGUACCAGAGUCAUAUGCAGGGGAGUUUGAGUGUGAAGUGUCCCGUGAAGAUGCUGAGGGCACUUGGUACUUUGAGAACAAAGAAAUAACUCCUAGUCUAAAAUAUAUUUUGUCCUCACGCCGUGGUCGCCACAGCCUAUCUGUUAAAGAUGUGAAAAAAGAGGACCAAGGCAAAUACACUUUCAAAGUGGGUGAUUUUGAGACAAGUGCUUCCCUAAAGAUGAAGUUGCGUCCAGUUACAUUGAUACAAGGCCUGUCUGAUUUGACAAUCUGUGAGGGGGAUAUUGCCCAGCUGGAGGUACGAUUCUCUCAGGAAAAUGUGGAGGGAACUUGGAUGAAGAAUGGUCAGGCCAUCUCUGCCACAGAUAGAAUACAUAUUGUAACUGACAAACUAAACUAUAAGCUUCUAAUUGAAGACGCUAAUAAAGAUGACACUGGAACGUAUUCCUUUGUUGUCCCCAACCAAGACAUUUCCACAAGUGGAAAGCUAAUUGUUCAAGCUAUUGACUUUUUGAUACAAUUAAAGGACAUUUCUUCAGUAGAGGGUACAAAGUCUGUUUUUGAGGCCAAGAUUACUGCAGCUGAUGUAAGCUCAGUGAAAUGGUAUCAUAACGAAGAACUGGUGAUACCCAAUGACAGAAUACAAAUGGUUGCAAAAGGUUCUAAACAACGUCUAGUGUUAAACAGGACCUAUGCUUCUGAUGAAGGACAAUAUAAGAUGGCUGUAGGUCGUGUUGAAUCAACAUGUAACCUGACAGUUCAAGGAAUCAGCAUUGUAAAGCACAUGGAGGACCGUGUUUGUACGGAGACUCAAAAUGUCACAUUUGAGGUUGAAGUAUCUCAUCCUGGAAUUGAUGUUCUCUGGACAUUUAAGAAUCAACCUCUAAAGGUUGGUCCUAAGUACAAAAUUGAGAGCAAAGGUACCCAUUAUAGCCUCACUGUCCUUAAUGCCAUGAAGGAUGAGGAGGGAGAGUAUGUCUGUGCUGCUGGCGAGAAGAAAUCUAGUGCAAAACUUAUUGUUUCAGGUGGUGCCAUAAGCAGACCACUUUGUGAUUUGACAGUAGCAGAGUCCCAGACAGCUAUAUUAGAGUGUGAAGUUGCAAGUGCCUCUGCUGAGGGAAAGUGGCUUAAGAACGGGCAACCUGUUGACUUCAGUGACAAUGUCAGGAGUGAACAGAAUGGGACUGUGAGAAGUCUUGUCAUUGCUAUCACUAGACCACAAGAUAUUGGAGAGUACACAUACCAAGUUGCAAACUCUAAGACAUCUGCCAGUCUGAAGGUUGAAGCUGUUAAGAUAAAAAAGACCAUGAAGAACCAAACUGCGAUUGAGACACAAGAGGCUGUGUUCAGCCUUGAACUCACUCAUUUGGAUGUGAAAGGGUCCCAGUGGAUCAAAAAUGGAGUUGAAAUCCUUCCGAGUGACAAAUAUGAAAUCAGAGUAGAUGGUACGGUUCACACGCUGAAAAUUAAAAAUUGUAACACCCAGGAUGAAUCUGUUUACGGCUUCAAACUCGGAAAGCUCUCUGCGAAUUCUAGACUCAAUGUUGAGACUAUCAAAGUUGUGAAGAAGCCUAAGGAUGUAACAUCAUUGAUUGGUGGCACUGCCUCAUUUGAACUGAGCCUAUCACAUGAUGACAUUCCUGUUAAGUGGAUGUUUAAGAACCAAGAACUCAAGCCAAGCUUAAAUAUUAAGAUACUCUCAGAAAGAAAAGCCCACAAGCUGGUUAUUCAGAGUGUGGAAGAGAGCAUGGCAGGAGAAUAUAUUGCUGUCAUUGGACAUUUGCAGAGUAAUGUACACCUACAUAUUGAAUCUUUGAGGGUCACAAAGCCCAUGAAGAAUAUUGAGAUUCCAGAAACUCAAGUGGCCACAUUCGAAUGUGAAGUUUCACAUUUUAAUGUCCCAUCCAUAUGGCUGAAAAAUGGAGUUGAGAUUGAAAUGAGUGAGAAGUUCGCAAGUGUGGUGCAGGGAAAGCUCCACCAACUGAAGAUCAUGAAUGCUACCAUAGAUGAUGCUGCAGAAUAUACAUUUGUAUGUGGAAAUGAUGGCGUCUCUGCAGAACUGACCGUUAGCCCCAUUCAGAUCACCUCCACGCUCAAAGACCUCAGUGCUCAAGAAAAGGAUACCAUUACAUUUGAAGUAACUGUUAAUUAUGAGGGCAUCACCCACAAGUGGCUGAAGAAUGGUGUAGAGAUUAGAUCCACUGACAGAUGCCAGACUCGUUCAAGACAGAACACUCACUCUCUCACCAUCCGCAAUGUGCACUUUGGGGACAGUGCAGAGUACAUGUUUGUGGCAGGAUCUGCUCAGACAUCAGCAAAACUGUUUGUUGAGGCUCGUGUCAUUGAGUUUACAAAACACAUCAAAGAUAUCAAGGUCACUGAGAAGAAAAAGGCCAUCUUUGAAUGUGAACUUUCUGAGCCCAAUGUUCAAGUCACAUGGAUGAAAGAUGGGCAGGAACUUGAAUUAUCUGACAGAUAUAAAGCUACAACAGACAAAUGCAUUCAGCGUUUGAUGAUCCAGAGCAUUCGCACGUCUGAUGGUGGCGAAUACACUGUGGUUGCUGGUUCAAGCAUUUCCAAGGCUCACCUUACAGUAGAGGGAAAGGAUGUUCACAUCUCUGAGCCUGCUGAGAAAGAAAUAAGGGUGGUUGAGAAACAAAGAGCCACUUUUGAGUUUGAAGUCAGUGAGGAUGAUAUUGAAGGACGCUGGCUGAGAAAUGGUGUUGAGAUCCAGUUCUCUCAAGAAAAGCGUUGCAAUUACGUAACUAUCAGAAAGGUGCAUCGUUUGACAAUUGCUGAAACUUACCAGAGUGAUGCUGGGGAAUACACUUUUAUUGCUGGAAAGAACAGGAGCACAGUGAAUCUACAUAUCAGCAUUCCUGAGCCUCCUCAGAUCAUCAGGCAUAUGGAGCCUUUGUCUGUUGAGGCUGGCAAACCUGCACGCUUCUCUGUGGAAGUGACUGGCAUCCCUCAGCCCCAGGUCUCCUGGUAUAAGAACUCUCAGGCAUUAUCUUCUGGAUUCAAGUGCAAGUUCCAGAGUGAAGGAAAUGAACACACUUUGUUGCUCAUUGAAGUCUUUCCAGAGGAUGCAGCUCAGUACACCUGUGAAGCCAGAAAUGACUUUGGUCAGGCCACCAGCUCAGCUGUACUCAAUGUAGAAGUCUCCGAAGUGGUUUCUCCAGAUGUCGGCGUUCCAGUAUCCCCACCAGUGAUAAGCUCUCCUAUACAUGAUGUAUCUAUUGAAGAGGGAGAGUCUACCAGUUUCCAGUGCCAUGUCUCAGGAGAGGAUCACAGUAUGAAAACCAUAACUAGGCAAAGUGUAUCAAGCAAUGAAGUAUCUCUUUCGGAGGAAAUCACUUCUCACAACUUGACUGAGACUCAUUCUUCUUCCACUGUUCAAACAUUUGAAAUGGUAUCCACUGUAGAAAAAUGUACAACCUCUGUAAAAAGCAUCAAGGUCCAACAACACAUGUCUUCAUUGGAAGAAUAUUCCAGCAAACCUGCUUUAACUUUGAAAAUGAAUGACCUCAUAGUCAGCCUGGGUGAAAUGGCUCAAUUCAACUGCUCUUUUACUGGGGAGCCUCUUACUGAAAUUGUAUGGGACCAUAAUGGAAGGACACUCACAAAUACAGAGAGAGUACAAUGUAUGGAUCAUGGAGGGCUCUUGUCUCUUAUCAUACUGAAUGUGCAACUCGCAGACGAAGGAAGUUACCGAUGUACUGUCAAAAAUGAAAAUGGAGAGAAUCGAACAUCUGCACGGCUCAUGGUAGAAGCUAAAGAAGCAAACCCCAAAGCAGAAACCCCCAUCCCUUCUGACUCUGUCAGUAAAUCUUCUAAAAGUGAAAAUGAGUCCAGUGCAAAGAUAUCUGACAAAGAAAAACAAGAGUACAUGCAGAGCAUUGGACCAUUAAAUACCUCCUCCCUGGGAGCAAGCUGGCAGAUACGUAAACAGUACUACCCUGAUGUGGUACCCUUGGUGGAUCAUGUUAUAUAUGACUCGAUUCAGCCAGAGUUUCUUACGAAACUACCCCAAGAAAUCAUUGCAAAGCAGCAAGACAAUGUCUCUCUUUAUUGUAUAAUGAAAGGAAUCCCCUCUCCAUAUGUGAUCUGGCUACACAACCAGUUGAUGGUUGAAGAGUCACGGUCGUACUCACUGAAGCACGAUGGACCCUUGUGCUGCUUAAAUGUAAUGAACAUUGGUCAAAGUGAAGGAGGCACUUACACAUGCAAAAUAAUCAAUGCUGCAGGGGACAAUGAGUGCAGCACCCAACUCAGGGUUAAGACAGUUCCAAGGGUGGAGGAAUCCUCAUAUGUGGAAGAAGUCAAAGAUCUUUCUAGCAUGGCUGUGUAUAAAGAAGAGGACUUUUAUACCACAAUCAAAACAUUUCAACUUGCACCAGAAUCUAAAUUAUAUUCAGAAACAUUGGAGAAAAAAAUAGAAAAGCCAGUUUUUGUAACCAAAGUCUCUCCAGCAAUUGUAACUGAAGGAAACACAGCUAAAUUUACUGCAGUUGUAGCUGGAUUUCCAAAACCUGUUAUUCAGUGGCACCACAAUGGCCAAGUAAUAACCACUUCCUCUAUAUAUACGUUUGUGCAAGAGAACGAAGAAUACACUUUAGUCAUAAGCAAUGUUAAAAAGGAAUUAGAAGGAAAGUAUACUUGUACUGCAAGCAACAAAUUUGGCAAAUCAACAUGUGCAUCUUAUCUUCAUGUUAAAGUAAAAGAUGGAAAAAAAGUAGAGCAGACCAUCUGUCAACCUCCAUAUUUUACAAAAGAAAUUGAGUCUGUGCAGUGCACAGUUGGAGGCCAGGCUAUUUUUGAAUAUAAAGUUACAGGUUCUCCAUUACCUGAAAUUCAGUGGUUCAGAGGCCCCCAUCGUAUUCAACCUAGUAAUUAUUGCAUUAUAUUCAGCAAUGUAGAUGGAUCUGGCUGUAUGAAAAUAAUGGAAAUUCAGCAAAGUGAUGGUGGUCUCUACUCAUGUAGGGCAUCCAACCCACUGGGAGAAGCGUUUUGCAAUGCAGAACUAAUUGUCUUCCUUGAUACUAUUUCAAUAUCCCAACCUCAAGAAGAGGUUACUUCAAUGAAGCAAAAUACCUACAACAUGUCCACAUAUGAACAUGCCACUGAGUCUCAUUUGUACAGUGUUAGUCUUUCUGGACAUACCAGAGCUAGUCUGCUGGAAGGACACCAGGUGAUUUGCACUGAAGGUAGACAGGCAGUAUCAAGUGAACAAGUAGAUACUUUUUGUAAGUUAAAUAUUUCAGAGCAGACAACUCACCAAGCUCCAGUUCUCCAGUCUCUUGAAAUGCAAGAGAGAAUAGCUGUGGCACCUCAGAAACAGCUCCAUAUGGCUGCAAUGGCCUCUGCUGUUCAAGAAAGACAAGGCUUCACAGAACAGCAUUCUGAUCGUAUCAAAAGUCCUGAGGUUAUAGAGCUUAAGCUCACUGAGGAACAGCCUUCACGUGUGAUGUCUGCCGUUUCUCAGAGUGUAACCCCUCUUACAAUUGUGAAGGCUGACCCUAUAACUUGCUUAGAAGGAGAAAGCACACAUGCUAUUAUAGAACCAAAGAAUGGCAUCAGUAGCCAUCAAGUUGAGACGAAACUCUCCAUCUUAAAUGAGGAAUACAAAAAUAUUCCUUUCCCUAAAGAGGAGAAAACUUUUAGAGUUACAGAAGGGGAUAGGUUAUUGUAUUCCGCAACAUCUUCAGUGAAUCUGCAAGUUACAGAGGCCUUUUCUUCUAUGUUACCAUCCAUGGAAACCACUGAAUCUUUAAUUGCGAAGGAAAAACCUGAACCGAUACUGACAUCUGUAAGUGAAGUAACGCACACUCUUUCAAAAGAAAGUAAUUUAGAAAUGGACAAUCCUGUUGAGGAAGUUGCACAGUUAACCAAAGACCAAAUAUUGAAAUCAGCUUUUAUUGCUGAGGAAAAGCAUAAACUUCAUGCUGACAAAACAGUAGCAAUUCCACCAAAUCUAGAUAGUGCUGUUUCAGUACAGUCCCAAAAAGAAGAGGGCCAGGUGCUUUAUUUACAGGUAUUCUGUGAUCAAGAUACUCUUCCAUCUCAAGGUAGAUUUACUAGUGAGAAACCAAGAACAGAGCAAGCCGAUGCCAGGAAAAGCUCAACUCUUUUACAAACAAUGUCUGUGAAUGAACAGACAGCAGUUCAUUGUGAGAAUUUAUCAGACUUUACUUCCAAAAGUGCAGCAGAUUGUAUAAAACCAAGGACAGAGACUCCAUCCAAGAUAUAUCUUCCAUCCACGCAGACAGAGGUUACUUUAUGCAAAGAAGGAUUAAUUUCACUAGAAAAAACUGAUCAGCAGAAAGCAUUGCCGAGACAAGAAAAAAAACAAAAAUAUGCAGUUAAUAUUGAGGAGAAGUUAAAGCUGACAGCAGAUUCCACCACAGAUCUUGAUGUUUCUGUAAAAGGGGUGAAACCUAAACAAAGAAAUGAACCCAAACCUUUAAAUGUUCUUCAUGUGGUCUCAGAACCUAGGCAGCUCUCAAAGGAAAGUCCUUUGGCUAGUUGUGAUAAAGAGUAUCAUGCACUUGUACAAAAGGAGGAUUGCUGGAAUAUUAGGCAUGCAAUGUCAGUGUUAGACAAAUAUGCAAUAGAGGAAGGUCACACAGAUAGUGUAAAUCCAAUGGAGAAGUUUAGUUGCAAGGUAGAUUUAGAACCAAAACUAACCAUACAGUCUGUGCAUAUUGAAGAACAGGCCAUAUCCACUGAAAAUUGUGCCACUCUUAAGGCUGCUGAGCAGGAUUAUGCUGUUCAUAUUCAAGAAGGACAAUCUGUGAACCGGCCAAUAUUAAUUGAAGAGAAGAAAACUCUGACAGGGGAAAUAUCUAAGGAUAUUAACAAGUCAGAGGCAAUUACAACAGAUAUUCUCACUGAGCCUUCAGAACCUCUUCUAUUGACAAAGUCUCAGGAAAGCAAAGCACUUCCCAAGGAACUCACAUUUGUGAUUCCUGCACCAAAACCACACAGUUUGGACAUCAAAUAUCAAUUAAAAAAUGCAUUAGAGUGUGCUGUGGCCUGUGAUCAGCCAUUAAUCCUGGCAGAUGUUGUAGGUAGUUUACAAGUUGUAGAAGUCAAGGAGGUUAAUGUGCAUAAAGAACCAACGUAUGCAAUGUUCUCAUAUCUUAUUACAACUACAUCUACCCCAGUGGAAAUAUCAUUUGCCUUUGAGGGUGAAUAUACUCAAAUAGCUAAUCUUAGGAGUGAACUUCAAUCUGCCUUAAACUCUAUAAUUUAUCAGGAACAUCAGGUCUUCACUUAUGAACAGCCUGAGAUGAUGCCAGUCCUUAAACCUCAGCAGGUUCAGCUUAGAACAGCUUCCUCAAAAGAGAUGCUCUCGCCAGUGGUUGAGUCUGUACAGUUAACUGAAAAUGUGGAAAGUUUUGCACCAACAAAGGGUCAGUCUGCUGCUUUGAAGACUGAAGCCAAAGAAUCUUUCCAUCAUAUAACUGACCAAGAACAAAUAAUUGUACAAGAAUCCAAACAUCGGGUGAUUCAGAUAGCCAUUGAAGCAAAAUCUGAUAUCCUAGAAUCAAUUCAGUCUAGACCACAAGAAAUUAAAUCUGUGGCAUUUCACAAAGAGGGAGAUGUAGGUUUUGAAGGACUUACUACUAACAUACCAGUGGAAGCAUUUCAAGAGGAAAAGUCUUCUGAUGUUCUUAUAGAGGAACAGAAAAGGGUAGAAUUUAUGAAAGAGGACAUACCACUGAAAACAACAUCAAAACAGGGUUUGGCCAAGACAACUGCUUUUGAAUUGUCAUUAAAAGACAUUGCUAUUUUGGAGAAUUCUGUGGUUACAUUUACUGUCCGUAUCAAAAAUGUGAACCAAGUUAGCUGGUUUUUCAAUGGUAAACUGAUCAAAUUUGGCAAAGAGUUCAAAUGCUCUAAACACAAUGAUGCAUAUACUUUAGUAAUCAACAAAGCUAAAAAGGAAAAACAUGAAGGCGAAUACACUUGUGAGGCAGUGAGUGAAGGUGGCAAGGCCUCAACAUCAUCAAGACUCACGAUUCUUUCAAGAGUGCCACCAGUUUUCAAGAAAAAAAUCCAUGACCUUGAAAUCAAAGUUGGCAGUGCUGCAAGUUUUGAAUGCGAAAUAGAAGAUGCUCCAAAUGUGACCUUCAAAUGGUUUAAGUCUAAUUCUGAACUCAGACAAAGUGAGAAGUACAGGAUCAUCAACCACCAUAUGACAUCAUGUCUGGAGCUCCUGAACUCAACCAAGGCAGACAGUGGGGAGUAUACCUGCCAUGCUUCCAACAACCAUGGCACAGAUAGCUGCUCUGCUAAGCUGAACAUCGCUGAACCUCCUUCCCUACAAAUGCUGGAUGUAGAAAAGGGGCCAACUGCUGUGUUUCAUUGUGAGGUUAUUGGUACUACCCCAUUUGGAGUUAACUGGUUUAAUAACAUAAAACCACUUCCUUUGGACAAAAAACAUGAGCUUGUUUUUCAAGAUUCAGUUACACGUUUGAAGUUACAUUCUAUGGAAAGAUCAGAUGUUGAGGAAUACCAGUAUUGCUUAUUAAAUACAGUCGGAAAGAUGUCUUCACAAUCAGUUGCUGCCCUCUUAGAACCUCCAUGCUUCCUGAAGGGGUUGACUGACACAGUCUUCCCAAUUACAAGUAAACUGAGGCUUGAGUGCACUUUCACUGGAGCUCCAAAGUUGUUUGUAACAUGGUACAAGGAUGGAAAGCAGCUGUAUGCUUCAUACAGAUAUAACACAAGAGUGACAGAAAAUUCAUGUAUGCUGGAGUGCCUGCACGAGUGUAACGAAGAAACUCCUGGAAAAUACUCUUGUGAAGUCUCAAAUUCUUUUGGAACUGACAUCUGUCAUGCAAAUGUGACAACAGAGACAGAAUUGAAAAUUCCACCAACCUUCACUAAAAAGCCCUCAGAGCAUUUUGAGGAGACUGAGGGCACAUUGGUGAAACUCGAGGGCCGUGUAUCUGGGACACAGCCCCUGUCUAUUAGCUGGUACAAAGAUAACAAUCAAAUUUUCAGUUCUGACAACUGUGAAAUGUCCUUCAUUGGCAAUGUGGCUGUGUUAUGCAUUAAGAAUCCCCAGACAUCAGAUAGUGGCACAUAUACUUGCAGUGCCUCUAAUGAAGCUGGUACUGCAUCCUUUAAUGUGCAGAUGAGCAUUACAGGAAAACAAAUACCUCCAACCUUUGAUAUGACCCUUAAGCCUAUUACAGUGAACGAGGGUGAGAGACUUAGUCUUAGUUGCCAUGUUUCUGGCUCUCAUCCACUGUCAAUCCAAUGGAUGAAGGACAGAAGAGAGGUGAUUUCCUCUGAUAACUCAACGAUCACAUUUGAGGAUGGCACUGCCACACUAAGAAUUGUCAAGGCAUCCAGAUCUGAUGCAGGAGACUACCUGUGCAAGGCAACCAACAAUGCUGGUAGUGAUUUCUCUAAGGCAAAGGUCACCAUUAAAGCAGGGGCAGCUCCUGCAGCAGCUCAAACAGCACCUUCAGCAGCUCAGCCUGCUCAGAAACUAGACAACUUGUUCUUCAUUGAUGAACCUAAGAGUGUCCGUGUAACAGAGAAGGGCACUGCAACCUUCAUCGCCAAGGUUGGUGGUGAUCCCAUUCCAAGUGUGAAAUGGAUGAAGGGCAAAUGGAGGCAGAUGACCCAUGGUGGUCGCGUUGCCAUUGUGCAGAAGGGCCAAGAUUCCAAGCUGGAAAUCAGGGAAGUUACCAAAUCUGAUGCUGGACAGUAUAGAUGUGUAGCUUCAAACAAACAUGGAGAAAUCGAAUCCAGCACUGAUUUGACUGUUAAUGAGAGGAAAGAGAUUGCACCUGAAGCAGUAAAAUUGAAGAAGACACCAUCAAAGCAGAAAAGUCCAGAGGACAAAGACAUUGACAUUGUUGAGCUGCUAAGAAAUGUAGACCCAAAAGAGUAUGAGAAAUACGCUCGCAUGUACGGUAUCACAGACUAUCGUGGCCUUCUUCAGGCCAUUGAGCAGCUGAAAAAAGAGGCAGGUGAAGAAAGUGGACGCAGAGAAUCUGAUGAGGAUUUGGCUAGGCUUGUUGCUGAUUUGCAGAGAAGAAUGGAACAAACUGAACCCAUUACCCUGCUUAAUGACAUCAAAGAUCAAACUACUAAAGCUAAUACAGAUGCUGUCUUUGAAUGUGAAAUUAAGAUCAACUACCCAGAAAUCACACUGUCUUGGUACAAAGACUCAAAGAAGCUUGAGAACAGCAGUAAAUAUGACAUUAAAGUAGUGGGUGAUCGCCACUUGUUGAAGAUCAAGAACGUCCAGACAAGUGACCAGGGAAAUUACCGUGUUGUCUGUGGCCCACACAUCUCCAGUGCCACAUUGUCAGUCACAGCUGAUCAAAUACAGUUCACUAAGCGCAUUCAAAAUAUUGUGGUGAAGGAACUCCAGACUGCGACUUUUGAGUGUGAGUUGUCAUUUGACAAUGCAGUUGUCACAUGGUAUAAAGACUCAUGGGAACUUAAAGAGAGUCCAAAAUAUUCCUUCCAACGUGAGGGACGAUGUCAUUUUAUGAUCAUCCAUAAUGUCACAUCUGAGGAUGAAGGCGUAUACUCAGUGAUUGCGAGACUGGAGCCCAUUGGUGAAGCUAAAAGUACAGCUGAGCUGUACCUGUCAGGCAAAGACAUUAAUCUAGGCACAAUUUCUUACGAUGUCACAGAUACAUCAAUACAAGUGCCCGAGGUGUCAUCUAUGAUUAGUUUUAAAGAUGAGUCAAGAGAAUAUUAUCAUUAUGAAGAAAAGACUGAAGUGACAGAGUAUGAGAGUUGGACAGUGCAAGAAGAAAGAGUAAUUCAUGAAGUUGCAUCAACUAAAGAAGAGAAGAAGCCAGUUGAAGAAAUUGUACCCAAAAUGGUUGCACAAACAACUGAAGAAAAACCUCAAGACAAACCUGAAGUCAUGUCUGUGGAGGAAACAGUCCCAGUAACAUUUGUAGCUGAGUCAAAACACCAACCUACACCCGAAGCAACUGAGCCACCUAUGCACAAACUGCCAACUGAACCUAAAGUGGUACCAGUAGCUGUAGCCAAGCCAGAGCCUAAACCCGAACCAAAAGCUACACAGAAGCCAGAAACUAAACCUGAGCCAAAACCCGAACCAAAGGCUACACAGAAACGAGAGCCUAAACCUGAGCCAAAAGCUCAACUGAAGGCAGAACCUAAACCUGAGCCUAAACCUGAGCUAAAAGCUCAACUGAAGGCAGAACCUAAACCUGAGCCUAAACCUGAGCUAAAAGCUCAACUGAAGGCAGAACCUAAACCUGAGCCUAAACCUGAGCUAAAAGCUCAACUGAAGGCAGAACCUAAACCUGAGCCUAAACCUGAGCCAAAAGCUCCACUGAAGGCAGAAACUAAACCUGAGCCUAAACCUGAGCCAAAAGCUCCCCUGAAGGCAGAAACUAAACCGGAGACGAAAGCUACACUGAAGGCAGAAACUAAACCUGAGACGAAAGCUACACUGAAGCCAGAACUAAGACCUGAACCUAUCCCUGAAGCAAAUGCUACAGCGAAGCCAGAGCUAAAACCUGAAUCUAUGAUUUUAUUUACAAAGAAACCUGAGCCCACACUAAUAACAGAACCAGAUGCUCCUAAGAAGCCAGAAGCAUUACCACAAUUAACUACAAAACACGAGGAGAAUUUACCUCAGAAAGCAGCCAUUACACAAUUGAAAGCUCAUGAGGUGGUGCAGACAACAGAAACACCAAAGAGAGAACCAGAUAAAAAAUCAGACCUUGUAACAUCAGUUGCUCCAGAACUUCCAAGGGUGCCAAAGCCUAAACAGGAAUUUUCUGCAGCACUAAAGGCUGAGCCAACUAAAAAACAAGAGUCUGCAAUUGUAAAACAUGAGACUUCACCUGUUCUGCUUGAAGUGAAAAAGGCAGAACUUACACCUGCCUCUAGAAAGCUGGUUGAAGACCCACUGGCUUUAGAGUCUACACCUGUGUCUCCACUCAUUCGAAAACCAGACUCUAGAACCGAGACAGUAUUUAUAGAAGGACCAAAAGCUGUCCUCCUAGAAGCUCCUAAAGCAGCGCAAGAACUAACCCAAAGUCUCCGAGAGCUGCCUCUGGCAAAACCUGAACCCAUCCAGGAGAAAGAACAGACGCCUGUUCCUAAACAGAAGUCUCCCCCAAAGAGAGUGGUUGAACUUAAAUAUCCAGAAGUUCCAACUGAGGAAGCACCUGUGCCUCAACCUCAAAAGGAGAUUGAAAUGGCUCCUACCAGAGGUAAUGCUAGAGUUGAACAAAAUCAAUAUGGAACAAUUGAAAUAUCUAAGAAAUUAGAGGAAAUCUCUGUAACAAAAGAAGUGAUUUCAGGACAGGAAAUCUCAUAUGAAAGCGAUAGUCUGUCAUGUCAAUCUAUGGAGACUUCAUUGAAGGGGGUACAAAUUAAACAGGAAAUUAAAGUGCCGAUUGAGAAUGAGCUGGUGAGGAAACCUCAAACUGAAAUGAAAGUUGCUCCUUCCAAAGCAGCUCCAAAAGGAGUUCAACAAAGUCAAGAUAAAGUGGAAUUGUCUAAGAAAACAGUGUCAAAGGAAAUCUUGUAUGAAACAGAGAACAAAUCUUAUGAGGCUGAAUACAGUAUGUUGAAACCAUCUGAAGUUAAAACUCAAGAAACACUUCCUGAAGCUAAACCUCAAAAGAGGGUAGAACUGGUCCCAGCCAGAGACAUUGCACCUUCCAAGAAAGUUUUAGAAGAGUUAUCAAAGACUCGUCUUACGGUGGACAUAUCUAUGAAAACUGAAGAGAUCUCAUUUGUGGAGGCAGAAAUUUCAAAAGAAUCAUCAUAUGAAAGUGAUAAUAUUCAGUACUGUCCUGAGGAAACUUGUCUAGAAGUAGCUAAAGUUAAUCUUACAGAAGUGCCAUAUGAGAAAAAGCCAGUGGCUAAAACUCAGAAACAGACUGCUCCUACCAAAGUCUACGCUACUCCAAAGAGAAUUGAACAAACUUUACACACAGUGGACAUUUCUGCUGAAACUGAGAUCACCGAAGUGGAGCAAGUGGAUUCAAAUGAAGAACUUUCAUACAAAGGUGACGGCAUUCUAUGUCAACCUGAAGAGGCUCAUGACGUUUAUGUGGAAAAGAAGGUGUCUGUUGAUGAACAAGUUUUUAUAGCAGAGGAUUCAUUGAGGAAAUUUACUUUGCCAUCUCAAGAAACAGUAACAAAGGACAAGAUCCCAGAAAUUGAGGCUGAACCAAUUAUACAAAAGAUGCGUUCGGAAACAAAUUCUGAGACGUCUGGUGUUGUGAAAGAUGAUAAAACGCUUCCAGACUUGGUGCUGAAGAGUGAUGUGUCACAAAAGACAGAUUUUAUUGCUAAAGUGGUGGCACAAAAAGAGGCUGUGUCUAUGAAAGUAAUACCCAAAGAAAAGGACAUUAAAUUGAAGAAAGAGCUUAAAAUGUCUGAAAUAGUGCCAGUUGUUGAGAUGACUCCAGCACCUGAGGCACCAAAAGCAACAAUGACACCACAAAAAGUCUCUCCACCACAAGAGCCAACUGUGAAGGAGAAGGCAACGGACGAGUCACCAAGCCCAAUGGUGGUGAAAAAAGUCUCUCCACCUCAAGUUCCAACUGUGGUGAAGAAGGCAUCUCCUGAGCCAACAAAGUCCACAGUGCUGCCAGUUGAGAAAAAAGACUCUCCAUCUCAAGAGCCAGCUGUGGUGAAGAAGGCAACACCUGAAGCACCAAAGCCCACAGUGGUGCCAGUUGAACAAAACGUUUCUACUGGCCCAGAACUGAUUGUUGCAAAGAAGCCCACAGCUGAGGCACCAAAGCCACCAGUAACACCACUUGAACCAAAAGUUUCUGCCCUUGAAGAGCCAACUGUGGUAAAGAAGGCAACACCUGAGGCACCAAAGCCAACAGUGGUACCAACUGAGCAGAAAGUCUCACCUCCUUCUCGAGAGCCAAGUGUUGAGAACAAACCAACAGCUGAGGCACCAAAGUCAGCAUUAACACCACAAACAGUUUGUCCUCCUGAAGAGCCAAUUGUGGUAAAGAAGGCAACACCUGAGGCAUCAAAACCAACAGUAGAGCCACUUGCACAAAAAGUCUCUCCUCCUCUAGAACCACCUGUGGAGAAUAAGCCAACACAUGAGGCACCAAAGCCAACACAGACACCAGUUGAUAAAACAGAUUCCCCUCCUCAAGAUCAUGGUCCUGUUCAAACUCCUGGCCCAGUCCAGAAAGAACAAUAUAUUAAAGCCACCGAUGAACAAGAGAAACGGGAUAUGCCAGUCAAGAAAGACAAGAUGCCAAAAGAAGAGAGUCCUAAGACUCCAAGUCAAACUAUCAAAGAAAAUGCCAAGAUAUCACCAACCAAACUGAAACAUGAAAAUGUAGUGCUGAAACCAUUUGAGACACCUGAAAAAUCAAAGGUUGCACCUAUAAAGAAAAAACAAAUUACAUCAACAGCUAAAAAGUUAGAAGAAGUGGUCACUUUAAAAUCUAUGGUUGUAGAAGGUGAACAUAAAGAGCCUGAGAUACAUAUAAAAACCAACAGAAUUCCAACAGAGAAGAACGAGGACAAGAAAAGCUCUUAUAGACCAUCAAAGGAUCAAGAGAGCUCUGAAAAAGAUGAAAAGCCAGGCAAAGAAGAUAAGCUCAAAAUUCAAGUAAAGAAGGCAGACAAAACAGAAGAAGCAAAGCCACUGAUGAUUAAAAAGGGGAGAUGUAUUCUAAAAGAACGUGAAGACAAAGAGGACAUAUUACUAAAACCAGUGGAAUGCAUCAAAAAGGAUUCUGAGCAUGAAAAGUUCUCACCAAAGGUUGUAAAUUCUAAAGAAGAAAAACCUUCAGUGACCACAGUAACCAAAGAAAAAGAAAGUCCAAAAGUAGAAUGUAAAACAUCUGUUUGCAAAAAGAGUAGUUCUCUGCCAGGAGAAAUGAUGGAAGAAGAGAAAAUAUCUCUUAAACCUGUCAAACCUGUUGAAGCAGAAAUGAAAAAGACUCUUUCACCCAAAGCUGAGCCCAUUCCAUUGCAGAGGAAGUCCAGUGCAACAGUUCCUAAAAAAGACAUAACUAAAGAUUUAUCUUCCCAACAGAAAAAAGCAUCUCAUGAACAAACUGAAAAAGAAAAAAUGUUACUAAUAAAAGAGUUAUCCCCUGGAGCUGUGCAGCUAGAAAAGAUUCCAACUCAGCAAGAAGAAGAAGUAUUUGAGGAAGAAUUUGGAGACGAGAAAGAAGAAGAAGAAGAAGAAACAUGGGGGUGGGAGAUUGUUCCUUCUGAAUGUUAUGAAGCAGAAGAGUUUGAUACCACCUUGGAGGAUGCAGCCAUUGAAGCUGCAGGAGGCACUGAUGACAAGAUAGAUGGAAAACCCAAGGAGGAGGGAGCAGUAGGCAGAGGCAGAGGGCUUAGACCACGCCAAACUCCAUCACCUGGUGAUGCAGGACGUGGAAGAGGGCUCAGACCUGGUGGUGGAGGAGACAAACCUCCUGGAGAAUCACCAUUUGCUUUCCAGCUUAAGGCUGUCCCUCUCAAGUUUGUGAAAGAGGUUCAAGACAUUGUGUUGCUAGAGGCUGAAUCGAUUGGUUCCUCUGCUGUGUUUGAGUGCCAGAUUUCUCCUUCUACUGCUAUAACUUCAUGGAUGAAAGAUGGAACUAACAUCAGGGAGAGUCCAAAGUACAAAUUUACAUCUGAUGGAAAAGAUCGAAAAUUGGCCAUUAUUGAUGUUCAGCUCUCUGACAGAGGGGAAUACACAUGUGUUGCCAAGCUGGGAAAUAAAGAGAAGACCUCCACUGCCAGACUUAUUGUUGAAGAGCUGCCUGUUAAGUUUAUCAAGACCCUAGAGGAGGAGGUGUCUGUGCUCAAGGGACAGCCCAUGUACUUGACUUGUGAGUUGAAUAAAGAGCGAAAUGUGGUCUGGAAAAAGGACGGCAAAGAGCUAGAAACAGUUGCUGGCAAAAUAGCCAUUAAUGUUAUUGGACUGCAACAUGCCUUGACAAUCCAGGAUGCAAAUGAUGGUGACGCUGGUAUUUACACAUGUGAAUGUGAAAAUCUCAAAACUCAAACAACUGUGAAGAUUCUCGAAAUCAUCAGAGACUGGUUGGUGAAACCACUAAGGGACCAGCAUGUGAAGCCAAAGGCCACUGCUACCUUCAAAUGUGAACUCUUUAAAGACACUCCCAACUGGAAGUGGUACAAGGGAGAUGAAGAGAUUCCAAUUGAACCCACAGAUAAGACUGAAGUCAAAAAGGAUGGAAAAGACAUCACUCUGACUAUUAAGAAUGCUCAACCCAAUGAUGUUGGCGAGUAUUCCAUGGAAGUUGAGGGCAAACGAUAUGUAGCGAAGCUCACCCUUGGAGAGCGUGAAGCCGAGAUAUUGAAACCCCUUGCUAGUGUGGAAGUAGUUGAAAAAGAGGAGGCCAACUUUGAAACUGAAAUCUCUGAGGAUGACUUACCCGGAGAAUGGAAACUUAAAGGGCAGGUUCUAACAAGAUCACCGACAUGUGAUAUCAAAGCGGAGGGAACUAAGCGCUUCCUCACCUUGAAAAAUGUCCAGCUUGAUCAGGCUGGUGAAGUUACAUACCAAGCGCUAAACGCUCAGACAAGUGCUAUGCUUACAGUGAAAGAACUGGAACUUGAAUUCACUGACCCACUGAAAGAUGUUUCUGUGCCUGAAAAGAAACAGGCUAAAUUUGAGUGUUCAAUCAAUAAGGACGUACCUAAAGUGAUGUGGUUUAAGGGUUCUGAUAUUAUUACAUCUGGAAAUAAUUAUGAAAUCAUUGAUGAUGGAAAAAAACACAUUUUGAUUAUAAAUAAUUGUGAAUUUGAUGAUGAGGGAGAAUACACCAUAGAGGUGUUAGGGAAAACAUCAACAGCAAAACUAACGGUAGAGGGUAUGAGGCUGAAGUUCGCCACAGAAUUAAAGGAUCAAACCGUAAAGGAAACCAAAACAGCUCGGUUUGAGAUUGAGCUCUCUCAUGACAAUGUGCCGGUGACUUGGUACAAAAAUGAAAUUAGAUUGCAUCCAAGCAGAACAGUAAUAAUACAUGUUGAAAAGACAAAGCAUAUAUUAGAAAUCAAGGAAGUCACACUAGAUGAUACUUGUCAAAUAAGGGCAGAGACUAAAGGGAUAUCAACCAUGGCUAAGCUUCUGGUUAUAGAGGGUGAUGCACGAUUCAUUACAAAGUUGCAAGACUACACUGCUGUUGAGAAAGAGGAGGUCACUCUUGACUGCGAGCUGAGCAAAGAUGUUCCUGUCAAGUGGUUCCAUAAUGAGAUUGAAAUAAAGGCCUCAAAGAUGAUUUCCAUGAAGGUUGAGAACAAACGAAGAAUUCUCCACAUUAAAAAAGUGGAGCAGAAAGACAAAGGAGUGUAUGUUUGUGACUGUGGAACAGACAAGACAUCAGCCAAUGUUAACAUUGAAGCACGUGACGUGAAGGUGAUCCGGCCUAUGUAUGGCGUUGAAGUGUUCGAUGGAGAGACUGCUCGUUUUGAAGUUGAAAUCUCUGAGGAUGACAUCCAUGGCCAGUGGAAACUGAAUGGCGAAGUCUUGUCUCCUUCAGCAGAUGUGGAGAUCAUUGAGGAAGGUGCAAAACACACACUGACACUGUACAAUUGCAAGGUUGUCCAGACAGGAGAGGUUGUUUUCCAGGGAGCAAAUGCCAAGUGUGCUGCAAACCUUAAAGUAAAAGAGCUGCCCAUCACAUUCCUAACACCUUUGAGUGAUGCUCAAGUAUAUGAAAAAGAUGAGGCAAGAUUUGAAUGUGAACUGUCAAGGGUAGCAAAGACCUUCAGAUGGCUGAAAGGCUCUCAAGAGCUGAAGGCAGAUGACAAAUUUGAAAUUCUGGCAGAGGGAAAAAGGCACAUACUUAUUAUCAAAUCAGUUGCAUAUGAAGACGAGGCUAAAUACAUGUUUGAAGCUGAGGACAAGAGAAUCACUGCCAAACUGGUGAUUCAAGGAAUUCGUCUUGAGUUUGUCAAACCCAUCAAGGAUGUUACUGUAAAGGAGCGCGAGACAGCAGAAUUCAGUAUUGAACUUUCUCACGAAAAAAUUCAAGUAAGCUGGUACAAAAAUGAUGUCCGUUUGCAUCCAAGUAAAGUGGUGCACAUGUCUGAACAUGGCAAGAUCCACACUCUGUCCUUUAAGGAGGUGUCCAUUGACGAUACCUCACUCAUUAAAGUAGAGGCUCUUGGAAAGUCCUCGGAGGCCAUGCUCACAGUGCUUGAGGGAGAAGCUUACUUCAUCACCAAGCUACAGGACUACACAGCAGUCGAAAAGGAUGAAGUUGUGCUGAAAUGUGAACUGAGCAAACACACUGCGGAGGUGAAAUGGUUUAAAGAUGGCACAGAGAUUAUCCCAUCUAAGAAUAUCCUCAUCAAGGCUGAUGGAAAGAAACGCAUUCUGACUGUAAAGAAAGCAGAGAAAGCCAAUACUGGUGAAUAUGUCUGUGACUGUGGUUCUGACAAAACUACAGCUAAGCUGAACAUUGAAGAGCGUGAUAUUAAGGUUAUCCGUCCACUCUACAGUGUGGAGGUUACAGAAACUAAUACCGCUCGAUUCGAGGUAGAGAUUUCAGAGGAGGAUGUCCAUGGGCACUGGAAACUUAAAGGAGAGGCUUUGCACCAGUCUGCUGACUGUGAGAUUAAAGAAGAAGGCACCAAACACAUGCUGAUUCUUUAUAAUGUACGCAUGGACAUGGCUGGUGCUGUGGACUUCAGUGCUGCCAAUGCUAAAUCUAGUGCUCAGCUCAGAGUUAAAGCUCGGACAAUUAGCCUUUUGCGGCCUCUUCGGGAUACGACAGUUACUGCUGGAGAAACCGCAACUUUUGAGUGUGAGCUUUCAUAUGAGGGCAUUGCUGUUGAAUGGUUCGUUGGAACAAGGAAAAUAGAGCCAAGUGAUACAGUUGUAACCAGAUCAGAGGGCAGACUGCACAGCUUGACUCUGAGAAACGUCGAGAUGACAGAUGCUGGCUUUGUGAAGAUAAUGGCAAAGGACUUUCAGGCCCAGGCCACACUAAUAGUAAAUGAGCCACCAGCUGAGUUUACUAAGCCCUUGGAGGACCAGACUGUUGAAGAAGAGGCAACUGCUAUUCUGGAGUGUGAACUCUCCAGAGAUAAAGCUGAUGUGAUAUGGUUCCGAGAUGGACAGGAAAUUCACAAAACAAAGAAGUAUGAAAUUGUGUCUGAAGGCCAUAUAAGGAAGCUGAUAAUCAAAGACUGCACUCCUGAUGACUCCAAAAUAUACACGUGUGAUGCCAAACACUUUAAAACCUCUGCUUUCUUGAGUGUUGAGCCUCCACAUAUUGACUUCACUAAGCCUCUUCAUGAUGUUGAGGUCAGAGAAAAGGAGUCUGCUAAGUUUGAAUGUGAAGUUUCCCGUGAAAGUGCCAAGGUCCGCUGGCACAAAGAUGGUAUUGAAAUUAGAAAGGGCAAGAAGUAUGAGAUUAUUGCCAAGGGAGUGCAGCGUAUUCUUAUUAUUAGCAAGGCAGUCUUUGAUGAUGAAGCUGAAUAUGAAUGUGAUGCAAGAACAUCCAAAACUUCUGGCAUUCUUACUGUUGUUGAGGAAGAGGCUAAAUUCACAAAGAACCUGGCUAAUGUUGAAGGUACUGAAACUGACAGUAUAAAACUGAUCUGUGAAGUCUCCAAGUCCAGUGCUGAGGUUGCAUGGUAUAAAGGUGACCAGGAAUUGCCUGAGGGUGGUAGAUACGAACAAAUUACAGAUGGCAGAAAGAGAAUCCUCAUCAUCCAAGAUCUUCAUAUGGAGGAUGCUGGCGAAUACAGCUGCAGACUGGCCAAUUCACAAACUACAGCAACUUUAAAGAUCAAUGAAUUGGCAGCUGAGUUUAUUUCCAGGCCCCAGAGCCAAGAGGUGGUUGAAGGGGAAAAGGCACAAUUUGUGUGCUCAGUAUCCAAAGAGACCUAUGAAGUUAAAUGGUUCAAAGGUGAAAAGGAGCUCCAAACUGAGGACAAGUAUGAGAUUGUUAGUGAAGGCAAGAAAAGAGCCCUUAUUGUUAAAAACUGUGAGCUGAAUGAUGAAGGAGCCUUUACUGCCUGCAUUGGCUCUGUUAAGGCUUCUGCAGACUUACAUGUGAUUGAAAAACUGAGAAUCAUCACCCCGAUCAAAGACACCCAAAUGAAAGAAGGACAAGAAAUUGUUCUUAACUGUGAAGUUAAUUCAGAGGGAGCUAAGGCCAAGUGGCUGAAGGAGAAUGAGACUAUGUUUGAAAGCAGCAAGUUCAUCAUGGCACAAAGAGACACUAUUUUCUCUCUGAGGAUCAAAGCUGCAGACAAGUCUGAUGAGGCUACAUACACAAUUACACUGAUCAACCAUCGUGGUGAACAAGCCAAGUGCUCUGCAAAAGUCAAUGUAAUAGAGGAAGAACUCCGUAUCAUAGACCCUCUUGAAGACUGUGAAACUGAAGAGAAGAAAACAAUCAGUUUUACUUGUAAAGUGAACAGACCAAAUGUGACUGUACAGUGGUUAAAGAAUGGACAGGAAAUCACCUUCAGCAAACGCAUUGCUUACCGAGUAGACAAGAACAAGCAUGCUUUGACUAUCAAAGACUGCACCAUGGCUGAUGAGGGUGAAUACACCGCAGUUGCUGGAACUGACAAAUCUUCAGCUGAACUGAUCAUCAGUGAAGCACCAACUGAGUUCACCACCCAACUCAGAGACCAGACUGUUACUGAAUUUGAGGAUGCAGAGUUCAUUUGCAAGGUUUCUAAGGAAAGAGCCACUACUAAAUGGUACAAAAAUGGCCGUGAAAUCAGAGAAGGACCAAGGUAUCACAUGGAAAAGGAUGGAAUGACAUGCACAUUGUACAUUAAGGAAUGCAGACCCGACGAUGAAUGUGAAUAUGCCUGUGGAGUAGAUGACAAAAGAUCCAAGGCUCAUCUGUUUGUUGAAGAAACACCAGUGGAAAUUGUCAGACCCCCAAAAGAUGUAUUUGAGGCUCCUGGCUCAGACAUUGUAUUUGAGGUUGAGCUUAACAAAGACAGAGUUGAAGUUAAAUGGACGAGGAACAACAUGAUCAUUGUUCAAGGUGACAAAUACCAGAUGAUCAGCGAGGGCAAAGUUCACCGACUUCAGAUUUGUGAGAUCAGGCCUCGUGAUCAGGGCGAGUACAGAGUUGUCGCCAAGGAUAAAGAUGCAAGAGCCAAGCUUGAGCUUGCAGCUGUACCAAAAAUAAAGACCACAGACCAGAAUCUUGUAACAGAUGCUGGAAAGCCAUUCUUGAUGACAGUUCCCUAUGAUGCUUACCCUCGUGCAGAGGCUGAAUGGUUCUUCAAUGACAUCAGUCUUCCAAUGCAAAACAUUGACACAUCCACUGACAAAACAGAGAACAGGUUAAAGGACCCUAAGAAGUCAGACCAGGGCCGUUAUAAGAUUGUCAUCAAGAAUAAGCAUGGACAGGGAGAGGCUUUCAUCAAUCUGGAUGUAAUUGAUGUUCCUGGACCUGUGAAGAAUCUGAGAGUUGUUGACACAGCUGAUGGUGAGGUCAGCUUGGCCUGGGAUGAGCCUGAGAGUGAUGGAGGCAGCAAGAUUUUGGCCUAUGUGGUUGAGAGACGGGAUGUUAAGCGCAAGGCUUGGACUUUGGCCACUGACCGUGCUGAUAUUCCUGAGUACUGUGUUGGUGGACUGCAGAAAGACAACUUCUAUUUCUUCCGUGUGUGUGCUCGCAACAGAGUUGGCAAUGGAGAGCCCGUCUGUACAGAUGAAGCUGUCCAGGCCAAGAAUAAAUUUGAUGUUCCUGAUGCACCUCAAAAUGUCAUGGUAGGAAUUGUCAACAGGUUUGGUGCCACAGUGACUUGGCAACCACCUCUGUUUGAUGGUGGAGCCGAGAUCAUAUCUUAUAUUAUUGAGCUUCGUGAUAGGACAUCUGUGAAAUGGGAGCCUGCAAUGGUGGUACGGGCUGAGGAUCGCACAGCCAUGCUGAAUGAUGUUGUGGAGAAUAAGGAGUAUAUCUUCCGUGUUAGAGCUGAGAAUAAAGCUGGAAUUGGCAUGCCAAGUGCUGCUACCGAUCCUGUCAAGAUCAUGGAUCCCAUUGAGAGACCAAGCCCACCACUGAAUUUCAACUACACACAUCCAAAAAGAGAUUCUGUUCAACUGGCCUGGGACAUUCCACUUAGCAAUGGAGGUAGUAUGAUCACAGGAUACAUCAUAGAGAAAUGUGAAGAUGGCACAAGCAACUGGCUAAGGUGCAAUGCCAGGCUCUGCCCAGACCUUUAUUAUAGGGUAUCUGGUUUAAAGUUUGGUCAGAAGUAUCACUACAGAGUAUCUGCAGAAAAUGCAGCUGGAGUUUCUGAUCCAGCUGAACAGGUUGGACCAGUCUUGGCAGAUGACCCACAUGUUGGUCCAACUAUGGAUCUAAGCGGAUUCAGAAAUGGUCUAGAAGUUUUUGUUCCGAACUCUCUUACUAUUCGUGUGCCCAUCAUUGGAUACCCCACACCCAAGGCAAAGUGGAUGUUUAAUGAUAAUGAGAUUACUCCUGGUGAUCGAAUCUCUAUGGUCACAAAGCCUACAUACACUGAACUAAUCAUUACCCCAAGUGUCCGACCAGACAAGGGAACAUACAAUUUACACUUGGAGAAUGAUGUGACUUCAGUCACUGGAGAGAUUGAAGUAAAUGUCAUUGCAUCUCCAAGUGCACCCAAAGACUUCAAGGUUGCAGAGGUGACCAGGCAUCAUGUCCACCUUUCGUGGGAAGCGCCAGAGCAUGAUGGAGGGAGUCCCGUUACUGGUUACAAUAUUGAGAAGAGAGAGGUGUCUCGCAAGACAUGGGUCAAGGUGAUAUCUGGUGUGCAAGACCUUGAGCACACUGUCACAGAUGUGAUUGAAGGCAAGGAGUACUUGUUCAGUGUAAUAGCUUGCAACAAAUGUGGUCCUGGGGAACCAGCAUAUAUUGAUGAGGCAGUGAAUGUUUCCUCUCCUGCCACUGUGUCAGAACCACCGGAGAAUCUAAAAUGGAGAGACAAAUCUGCAAAGGGCAUCUUCCUAUACUGGGAGCCCCCUUCAUAUGAUGGUGGUGCUCCUAUCAAGGGCUACAUUGUUGAUAAAUGCCAGCGUGGCACUGACAAGUGGGAAGCAUGUGGUGAUCCAAUACCUGAACUAAAGUUUCAGGUGACGGGUCUUAUUGAGGGGCAGUGGUAUGCCUAUCGUGUGAGGGCAGUGAACAGACUUGGAGCUAGCAGACCAUGUAAGGCAACAGAUGAGAUCCUUGCUGUUGAUCCUAAAGAGCCUCCAGUUAUUCAGCUGGAUGCCAAACUGCUAGCUGGAUUAACUGCCAAGGCUGGCACAAAGAUUGACCUUCCAGCAGAUGUGCUUGGAAAACCAGACCCAAGGGUCAAAUGGACCAAAGCUGAUCUUAUCCUUAGGCCAGAUGACAGAAUCACCAUUGAUACAAAGCCUGGCCAUUCUAUUCUCUCUAUUGCUAAGACAACCAGGGCAGACACGGCUACUUACAUCAUUGAGGCAGUCAACACCUGUGGUCGUGCCACUGCAACAGUUGAUGUCAACAUUCUUGAUAAGCCUGGUCCCCCAGCUGCUUUUGAUAUUACUGACAUCACCAAUGAGUCCUGUUGUCUGGCAUGGAACGCCCCCAGAGAUGAUGGUGGAUCUCCUGUAACCAACUACAUUGUGGAAAUGAGACCUUUGGAAAAGGAUGAGUGGCAGAAGCUCUCGGCCACAGUCAAACAGACCAAUUUCAAGGCCUGCAAACUGGUGUCUAUGAAGGAGUAUGUUUUCAGGGUAUCGGCUGAAAACCAGUAUGGCAUUGGUACUCCCAUAGAGCAUGCUCCAAUUACUGCCAAGUAUUCAUUUGAGACUCCUGGUUCCCCAAGCAAGGUGCAACCCUCUGAUAUCUCAAAAGAUGCCGUAACCUUGACAUGGUACGAGCCUGAUGAGGAUGGUGGAAGUCCAGUCACUGGCUACUGGGUUGAGAGGUUUGAUCCAGAAACUGACAAAUGGAUCAAAUGCAACAAGGUGCCAAUCAAAGACACUACACUCAGAGUGAAAGGCCUGGCCACCAAGAAAAAGUACAAAUUCCGUGUUCUGGCAGAAAAUCUUGCAGGACUUGGAAAACCAAGUGCUGAAACAGAUCCCACCUUGAUUAAGGAUCCAAUUGAUCCUCCAUGGGCCCCUGGCAAACCAUAUAUCAAAGAUAUUGCUAAGACCUCUGCAUUCCUGCAGUGGACUAGACCAGAGCAUGAUGGUGGUGCUAAAAUUGAGUCUUAUAUCAUUGAGCUCCUCAAGAGUGGAACUGAAGAAUGGGUUCGUGUGGCAGAGGAUGUGCCCAUGACAGAGCACUUGGUGAAGGGGCUGAUGGAGAAGCAGGAAUACUCCUUCCGAGUCAAAGCUGUCAAUGUUGCUGGAGAGAGUGAACCAAGUGAUCCAAGUGAUCCAGUAGUAUGCAAAGAAAGACUCUAUCCUCCAUCCCCACCACGAUGGCUUGAGGUGGUUAACAUCUCAAAGAUUGACUGUGAACUGAAAUGGACUGAACCAGAAAAUGAUGGUGGCUCUCCUGUUACCAACUAUGUUGUGGAGAAAAGAGAUGUAAGACGCUGGACCUGGCAGACUGUGGACACUACAGUGAAAGACACAAAAUACACUGUCACUCCACUCAAUGAAGGAACUCUAUACGUGUUCCGGGUGGCAGCUGAGAAUGCUGUGGGUGUGAGUGAAUUUUAUGAGCUAGAGGACUCUGUUCUAGCAAAAGAUACUUUUACGACUCCUGGACCUCCUUAUGCUUUGACUGUGGUUGCGGUUUCCAAGAGGGAUGUUGACCUGAAAUGGGAGCCUCCCAAAAGUGAUGGUGGACGACCAAUCACAAAAUAUGUUAUUGAGAAGAAGGAGAAAUUGGGCAGCCGCUGGAUAAAGUCUGGAAAGACAUCAGGGCCCGAAAUCAAGUACAAGGUGACUGAUGUUGAUGAGGGUACUGAGGUACAGUUCCAGGUUCGUGCUGAAAAUGAAGCUGGAGUUGGCGACCCAAGUGAACCCACAGACAUUAUUACAAUUGAGGAUCCAAUAAGCACACCAUCUCCACCGAUUGAGGUUAAGAUCGUUGAUGCCAGCAGAGAGCACAUCAACAUCACAUGGAGGGCACCAGAGAAGAAUGGGGGAAGUCCUGUUACUGGAUAUCAUGUUGAGCUGUCUGAGGCUGGCACAGAAAAGUGGAUGAGGAUCAAUGCUCGUCCCAUAAAAGAGCUCAGAUUCAAGGCUGAAGAUGGCAUUAUUCCUGAGAAACAAUAUGUUCUUAGAGUCCGUGCUAUAAAUGCUGUUGGUGUUAGUGAUCCCUCUGAAAUCUCAGACAAAGUCUUUGCUAAAGAUCCAGACAGUGCACCAAAAAUUGAUAUAGAGACCCAAGAUGUUGUUAUUGUUGAGGGUGAGAAGAUGUCUCUAAAGAUCCCAUACAGAGCAAUUCCCAAGCCAUCAAUGGUUUGGAAGAAGGGUGAGACCGAACUGAAGGCAGAUGACAGGCUGACUAUGAGAUGUGAACUCAACAGUAUUCACCUUGAGCUUCUAAAAUGCAAGCAUGAAGAUGCUGGUGUCUACACAGUCUCUCUUGAAAACAGUUUGGGUUCAGUUACUGGAACAAUCAAUGUUAAAGUGAUUGGUCUGCCUGGACAAUGCAAGAGCAUCACUCCAAGUGAGGUCACAAAGAACUCUUGUAAAAUCUCAUGGGAGCCCCCAGAGAGUGAUGGUGGUAGUCCCAUUUUGCACUAUGUACUAGAGCGCAGAGAGUCUCAGAAAAAGACAUUUAUGCCUGUAAUGUCUGGAGUCAAUGUACUAAACUUUGUGGUCAAAGACCUUAUGUUGAAUGGUGAAUAUUACUUCAGAGUUAAGGCUGUUAACAGAAUUGGAAGUGGUGAAUAUCUUGAGCUUCGCAACCCUGUCAUCACAGAGGAACAGAAGCAGAGGCCUGACCCACCAGUUGAGGUUGAGGCACACAACCCUACCUCACAGUCCAUAACAAUCACUUGGAAAGCCCCACCCUAUGAUGGUGGCUGUCCAAUUACUGGCUAUAUUUUGGAGCAAAUCGAGAAAGAUGGUGAUAAAUUUAUGAGAUGUGUUCCAAAUCUUGUGCCUGGUUUUUCCUACACCAUCACUGGCUUAACAGAGGGCAAGGAAUAUCAAUUCCGUGUUCGUGCAGAGAAUGUGGCUGGAGAAAGUGAAUCCUCUCGCAGUACUCCCCUCAUCAAGGCUGCAGAUCCUGUUGAUCCACCAAAGGUAUCACUACAUGUAGGCAUCGCAUCUGGCCUGACCAUCAGGAAGGGUGAGGAGAUGAGACUGGAUGCCCACAUUUCUGGGUCACCAUACCCCGCUGUGACAUGGUUCAGGAAUGAUGAGAAUGUCCAGAGGAUUGUAAAAAAGAAGCCAGAAUUUGUUAUAAGAAAGAAAAAGAAGACCAAGGCUGUUCAUCCUGAACCAGAGGAGGUGUUCCAUCCUCCCCUUCCAGAUCGUCUGUCAUUCGACCAGAGCAAGAGAGGAGAGACUGCCAUGAUGGUGCGUGAUGCCAUCAGAGAUGAUCAUGGUAUUUUCACCAUCAGAGUAGAGAAUACCCACGGUUUUGCAACUGCAUCUUGUGUUGUCAAUGUUCUUGAUAAGCCUGGACCACCUGUGAACUUUGGAUUUGAUGAGAUCAGAAAAGAUUCUGUCAUUUGCACAUGGAAUGCACCACUUGAUGAUGGUGGCAGUGAAAUUAUCAACUAUAUCCUGGAGAAAAAAGACAAUACCACAGAUGAAAUUGGUUGGGUUACUGUUACCUCAACCCAUAAAGGAUACAACUAUCCUGUUACCAAACUCAUUGAAGGAAAAGAGUAUAUUUUCAGAGUGACAGCCGAAAACAAAUUUGGCUGUGGACCACCAUGCUAUUCAGAGCCGCUUGUUGCAAAGAAUCAGUUUGAUCCUCCUGAUGCUCCAAAUAUGCCAAGAAUUGGAGAAGUCACUGCCAGCAGUGUUGCUUUGUCUUGGCAUGAACCUAAGGACAAUGGUAGUCCCAUCUUGGGAUACUGGAUUGAGAGACGUGAGGUCAACAGCAAGUACUGGACCAGAGUGAACCGCAAUCUUCAAAACUCCCUUGCAGUCAAGGUUGAGGGACUUUUAGAAGGCCUGGUGUAUGUCUUCAGAGUUUGUGCUGAGAAUCUUGCUGGCCCUGGAGAAUUCAGUGUCCCAACUGAUCCUGUGGUUGCAAUGGAUCCAAUUUUGCCUCCGGGUCCCCCUGUGCCAAGAAUUGUUGAUACUACAAAUACAACAGUUGAAAUUGCCUGGAUUCCUCCAUUAUACAAUGGUGGUGGAGAUAUUCUUGGAUAUCAUGUUGAGCGUUGCCUUGUUGGGGAGAAAGAAUGGAUUCGCAGCACUGAGUUCAGAUGCAAGGAAUGCAAGUACACCUUGACUGGCCUGACUGAGGGGGCAGAUUAUCACAUUCGUGUAUAUGCUGUAAAUGACGCUGGUCAUGGAGUCCCAGGAAUGACUGAACCAGUUCAAGUAAAAGAGCCUGAACUGGCCCCAGGAAUUGAGUUUGAUGUCUCUGUAAGGAAUGGAGUAAUUAUAAAAGCUGGAGAGACUCUGCGUAUACCAGCAUAUGUUGUUGGUAGACCAACACCAGAGGUGAAAUGGACAAAAGAUGAUGUUGAACCUGACAAAGAACGUGUUAUCAUUGAAACCGUUGGAAAUUGCAGCACUGUGUGUAUCAAGAAUGCUCUGAGAACUGACCAUGGCAAAUAUGAAAUAACAGGAACAAACUCCAGUGGAACAAAAUCUGCUUUUAUUAAGGUUGAUGUUAUGGAUGUUCCCGGACCAGUGGUUGAUCUGAAAACAGUGCAUGUGAGCAAGAAGAUGAUUUCCCUUACUUGGUCUGAUCCUAUUGAUAAUGGUGGAAGUGAUAUCAUGGGAUAUGUUGUUGAGAGAAAAGAUGCCAAGAUGCACAUAUAUAGGCAACCACUAGAAACUGCUUCAUGCAAAUGUGACAUUGUUGGCCUUCUUGAUGGUGAAGAAUAUAUGUUCAGAGUGGUUGCCAGAAACAAGUUUGGCCUUGGUGUCCCUGUUGAACUUGGACCUGUCCUAGCUGUGGAUCCUAAAGGUGUACCAUCUGCCCCAGAGAAGCUUCACUACACUGAAAGGACCAAGAACACUGUUACACUUGCUUGGCAGCCUCCUCGCAGUGAUGGAGGUUCUCCCAUCAGAGGCUAUUAUGUUGAAAAGAUGAGACAAGACAGUGAUGAAUUUGAUGUUGCCAAUCGUAAUAUCUGCAAGGAUCUUACAAUUACGCUAGAAAGUCUAAAUGAGAACAUGUUAUAUGACUUCAGAGUAAAGGCUGUCAAUGAGGUUGGCGAUGGUGAACCAUCAAAAUCAAUAAAUGUCCAUAUUCAAGAUGAUGAGUUUGCCCCAACUGUGAGUUUGUUGAAGUACUUCAAAAGCAAUACCAUACUUGUCAAGAAAGGAGCAGCCAUUGAAAUCCCUGCUGAAAUUGCUGGUCUGCCAUUGCCCACAUUUGAGUGGACAAAGAAUGGAGUUGUUCUUGAAAAUUCAACUGAGACCAUGACACUUGAAUCUGAGGAGAUUAACAGACAAACUAUCAAAACCAAGCUUGCCAUUCCUGAAACUAUAAGACAGGACACAGGCCUGUACAAGCUAGCUGCCAGAAAUAUUCUUGGGACAGGUCAACAAAUUAUCAGAGUUGAUAUUUUAGAUCGUCCAUUACCACCACGGAAUAUUGUGGUCUCUGAUAUUAAGGCUGAGUCUUGCUACCUCACUUGGGAUGCUCCAGAGGACAAUGGAGGAAGUGACCUCACCAAUUAUAUUAUUGAAAAGAGGGAUGCCAGCAAGAAGAAAUCAGACUGGGAGCAGCUGACAUGUUGUAUUAUGGACCGACGCUAUGGGGUCUACAAGCUUGAUACCUAUGGAACGUACCAGUUCCAGAUUAAAGCAGAGAACAAGUUUGGAGUCAGUGAUGGGUGUGAAUCAGAGAAAGUUGUCCUUAAGGAUCCAUAUGGUCUUCCUGGUCCACCCCAGAGACCAAGAAUCACUGGGCAUUCCCAGACAUCUAUGCUGGUAGCAUGGGAUCCUCCAAAGGACAACGGUGGAUCAACCAUUCAGGGGUACUGGCUUGAAAAGAGAGAGCGAGGAGCAGUGUACUGGAGCCGAGUCAAUAGGGCUCCUGUAACAAAGCCAGCUGUUAAAAGCUUAGAGUACAAUGUGCUGCAUCUCAUCGAAGGUACUGAGUACCAGUUCCGUGUAAUGGCACAAAAUGCUGCUGGUAUUGGUCCCCCAAGUGAAGCUACAGAAUGUGUGUUUGCCUUGGAUCCAAGAAAUCCACCGAGCCAACCACCUGCACCUCAAGUGAAAGACAAGACACUAAGCAGUGUAUCUCUAGCCUGGUCUCCACCAGAUAAGGAUGGUGGAAGCCCCAUUAAAGGCUAUAUUGUUGAAAUUCAGGACGAAGGCUCACAAGAGUGGCGAAGAGUGAAUGAACCUGAUAAGCUCAUUCUUACUCCAUAUUACACUGUGUCAGGGCUCAAAGAGAACAAGAAAUGUCGAUUCAGGAUAGUUGCUGUUAAUGCAGCUGGUGAGUCAGAGCCAAGUCCCAGAACUGCUGACAUCGUGGUACAAGAUAUCCUGGAGGAACCCGUUAUUAAAUUGGAGGUCUCCACUGAGGAGCUGCUUUCUUGUCAUGCUGGAACAACAAUUAAAAUCCCUGCCACCAUAUCAGGCAGACCUGUUCCUGUGGUCAAAUGGGAAUAUGAUGGAACUGCCCCAACAGAGACAAAGAAUGAGCAGCACACACUUCCAGUGGAUUCAAAGAUUUCAUCGACUGACACAACAACAGAAGUAACUAUCCCUGAGUGUAAGCUCAACCAUUCUGGACAGUACAUCAUUACUGCAUCUAACAAGGCUGGAACUAAAGUGGUUAAAGUCCGUGUAGUAGUACUUGAUUUGCCUGGGCCUCCAAAAGAUCUCAAAAUCACAGAUAUCACAAGAAGUACAUGCAGACUUACAUGGAAGCCUCCAGAUAAUGAUGGUGGUGAGAGAAUCAAGAGCUACUACAUUGAGAAGAAAACAGUUGAAGGAAAAGCCUGGACCAAGGUCAACCCUGCCUGUGCCAGUCAGUCCUUGGUAGUCCCAGACCUUUUUGAGGGUCAAGACUACUUGUUCCGUAUUAGAGCUGAGAAUCGAUUUGGUAUUGGACCGGCUUUGGAAACCUUCCAAAGGACAAGAGCAAAGGAUCCCAUCCGUCCUCCUGAUGCACCCACAAGAGUAAAAAUUGUUGACGUGUCCAAGGGGACAGUGACUUUGACUUGGAAACCACCAAAAAAUGAUGGUGGAUCCCCUGUAACUCACUACAUUGUAGAACGACUUUGGUGGGAUUCUAGUGGAGAGCAGAGAGAGUCCUGGAGACAGUGCAAUAGACGUGACAUUGAUACUACAACCUUCAAAGUGGAGGACCUCCAUGAGGGUGGGGAGUAUGAAUUCCGUGUCAAGGCUGUAAAUGAGGCCGGUGCAAGUAGACCAUCUUCUACUGCAGGACCCAUCACUGUUAAGGACCAGUCAAGGGCACCUUCAGUUGAGCUCGAAGAGUUCAUGGAAGUUGAGCAGGGUACAGAUAUUUACAUUAUCGCUAAGAUCAAGGGAUGCCCAUUCCCAAAUCUGACCUGGCAGAAAGCUCCACCCCACAGAAGUGAUGCCAAGGUUGAUGUUGAAUAUGAUGAACAUAUCAAUAAGCUUGUAACUGAUGAUAGCUGCACUCUGCUGAUCCAGCAGGGCAAGCGCUCAGACACUGGUCUCUAUACACUCACUGCCAGCAACAGCCUAGGCAAAGUCUCCAAAGAGAUGAGACUUAAUGUUCUAGGACUUCCGGGACCUCCUUCUGCACCAAUCAAGUUUGAGGAGAUUCAUGCUGAAAAUAUUACCCUGUCAUGGCUACCUCCUAUAGAUGAUGGUGGCUCUAAAAUCACAAACUACACCAUAGAGAGACGUGUCUCCAAUAGAAAAACAUGGAUUCCUGUGCCAGGUGCACCCAAAGAGCGCAUGUUUACAAUUGAGAGUCUAAUGCCUGGCCAUGAGUAUGUGUUCCGCAUCAGGGCACAAAAUAAAUAUGGAGUUGGUGAACCUCUUGACAGUGCACCAGAGAUUGCUAGAGACAUUUUCACUACUCCUGGCCAGUGUGAAAAACCAACCCUAUCAAGCAUUACAAUAGAUUCCAUGACUGUGAACUGGGAGGAGCCAGAAACCGAUGGUGGUAGUCCAAUUAUUGGCUACUGGCUUGAACGCAAAGAGACUACAUCAAAACGCUGGAGCAGAGUCACUCGUGAUCCAAUCAGGCCUAUGCCUUUUGGGAUUUCUUACAGAGUCACUGGACUGAUUGAAGGCUCUCAGUAUCUCUUCCGUGUGACUGCAAUCAAUGCAGCUGGAUGUGGACCUCCAAGUUUGCCAUGUGACCCAACAUUUGCCAGAGAUCCAAUUGCUCCUCCUUCACCACCAACACCCAAAGUUACUGACUGGACAAAGACAACAGCUGACUUGGAAUGGAUUCCUCCUCUAAAAGAUGGAGGCUCAAAGAUCAUGGGUUACUAUGUUGAAUACAAAGAGGAAGGCACAGAGGCAUGGGUUAAGGCCAAAGAAAAAGAAGUCAGAGGAACCAAAUUUGUAAUAACUGGGCUGAAAGAGAAUGGAUUUUACAAGUUUAGAGUUUUGGCCUUCAAUGCUGCUGGGCUAAGUGAACCAGGAGAAGUUGCUGAAGUUCUUGAAAUGAAGGACAGAAUAUUUGCUCCAGGACUUGAAAUGGAUGUCUCAAUGAAAGAGAGGAUUGUUAUUCAUGCAGGUGGCGUGAUCCGCAUCAUAGCAUAUGUGUCAGGCCUGCCUGCACCUGACAUAAUAUGGAACAGAGAUGGUGGAGUUGUCCCACCAGAGGCUGUUGUUGAGACUACAUCAAUCAGCACUUCAUUAGUAAUUAAGAAUUGCACAAGAAAGCAACAGGGUGUUUAUAGUUUAACAGCAAAGAAUGCUGGAGGAGAAGUGAAGAAGACAAUCAUUGUUGAGGUUCUUGAUGCUCCUGGUCCAGUUGGUAUACCGUUUAUUGCAGACAAUCUUAGUACUGACUCAUGCAAAUUGACAUGGUUCUUCCCAGAGGAUGAUGGUGGUUCUCCUAUAUCUAAUUUUAUAAUUGAGAAACGUGAAGCUGAACGUAAAGCUUGGACAUCAUGCUCAUAUAAUGCUGCUAGGCAAAAUGCUGUAGUUAAUAAUCUUAUUUUAGGAAAAGGAUACUUCUUCAGAGUUGCAGCUGAAAAUGCAGUUGGAGUUGGUCCAUUCCGUGAAACUGCAUGUGAAAUUAUCAUCAGGGAACGUCUAAGUGCACCAGACCGUCCAGAGGAAGUUGAGGUCACUGCUGUUACUAAAGACUAUAUUAAUUUAACAUGGAAGCCACCAAAGAAUGAUGGUGGAUGUGAAGUGACUUCAUACAUUCUAGAAGCACGCAUGAUUGGCAAGGACAAGUUUAUGAGAUUGACCAAAGAGAAAUUGUUGGACAGAAGAUUCACCUAUGAUGGUCUUCGGGAGGGUGAUACAUUUGAAUUCCGUGUGAGUGCAGUCAACGAGAUUGGUCAGGGCAAGCCAUCCUUCUGCACUAAACCAAUCACAUGCAAAGAUGAGCUUGAACCCCCAACAAUUGAAGUAGACUUCCGUGACAAAGUUAUUGUUCGUGUUGGAGAUAGUUUUGCUCUUCAAGGACGCUACACAGGCAAGCCGACCCCUUCUGUUACUUGGACAAGAGAUGAUGAGGAGUUGAAGGCAGAUCAACAUGUUCAGUUCAAGCAAACGACAAACACCAUGUGCCUUGGGAUUAUCAAGGCUCAGCGUAUGCACAGCGGCAGAUAUUGUGUUACAGUUGAAAAUUGUACUGGAGCCCGCAAAGGCAUUUGCAAUGUCACUGUUGUUGACCGUCCACUGCCACCUGAAGGUCCAGUUAUAUUUGAGGAAGUUCACAGAGAUCAUAUGGUAAUUUCUUGGAAGCCUCCCCUUGAUGAUGGUGGAUGUGAAAUUUCCAACUAUAUAAUAGAGAAGAGAGAUAUUAACAGAGACAUGUGGACCACUGUAACAUCUGCCAACACAAAAACCACCUGCAAAGUGCCCAAGCUUGUGGAAGGGCGUGUUUAUAUCAUGAGAAUCAGUGCUGAGAAUAUGUACGGCAUCAGUGACCCACUGGAGUCUGAAGAAAUGAAGGCCAAAGAUCAAUUCAGAGUACCUGAGGCACCUGAUGAGCCUACAGUUAAAGAAGUGUACCAUGACACAGCUCUGGUGCUUUGGAACCGCCCUCGUGAUGGUGGCAAGCCCAUUACUAACUACUUCUUAGAAAAGAAAGAACCUUCUGCUAAGAGAUGGUCCAGGGCAACUAGAGAUCCCAUCUACCCUGCUACCCAGUAUAGGGUACAAGAUCUCAUUGAAGGAUGUGAAUAUGAAUUCCGUGUCAUAGCAGAGAAUGAAAUUGGUACUGGAGAUCCUAGCCCUCCAUCUAAGCCUAUACUAGCAAAGGAUCCAAUUGUUCUGCCUAGCCCACCUGUUCUACCUGAGGUCACUGACAAAACAAAAGAUUCUGUGAGUCUGUCAUGGCGUGUUCCUCGCCAUGAUGGUAAAGGCAAAAUCUUUGGAUACCUUGUUGAGUAUCAGAAGCCUGGUGCAAUUGAAUGGAUGCAGGCCAAUGAGACACCAGAGUCAUGCCCUGAUACCAAGUUUGUUGUGAAAAACCUACCAGAUGGUGAAGAAUUCCGUUUCAGGAUUAUGGCUGUGAAUGCAGCUGGAAAAUCUGAGCCUGCUUAUGUAAAGGAACCAGUUAAAGUGCAUGACAGACUUGAGGAGCCAGAGUUGCUGCUGGAUGCAAAUAUGUCACGGGACCACCUUGCUAUGCUUGGAACAGAUAUCACACUAAGUGCUAAGAUUAAGGGCAUGCCAAUUCCCACUGUGUCUUGGAAUAAAAAUGGUGGCAAUGUUCCUGCUCAUUGUGUUAUUGAAGUCACAGCAAGUGGAAGUAAACUACAUAUAAAGAAAUGUACACGUGCUGACUGUGGAAACUAUACUAUAACCAUUCAAAAUGCAGCAGGCUCAAAGACAGCAACAUGCACAGUGCUUGUUCUAGAUAAACCAGGACCACCAAGAAAGCUCAUGGUGUCGGAUGUUACAAGUGAGUCAGCUUAUAUAACCUGGCAAAAGCCAGAAGAUGAUGGCGGUGCUGUGAUCUCUCACUACAUUGUGGAGAAAAAAGAUGUUGCAGCUGAGAAGUGGGUACCAGUCUGUGCCUCAUCCAAGAAGCUUAGCCUCAUGGCUUUAUACCUAAUGGAGGGUGUUCAGUAUUUAUUUCGUGUAGCAGCUGAGAACCAGUUUGGAAGAAGUACAUAUACUGAAACCACCAAGCCUACCAAGGCAGUUGAUCCUCUUUAUCCACCUGGCCCUCCCAAGAAUUUGCACCAUGUAGAUGCAGAAAAAACUGAAGUAUGGCUUGAAUGGGAUUGGCCUGAUCGCACUGGUGGAAGUGAAAUCACUGGAUUUAUUGUUGAGCAUCAAGAAGAAGGGGCCACUAAUUGGGUAACCUUUAAAACGGCCAGCAACACGAACUGCCAUGUUACUGGACUUGAAGAAGGAAAAACCUACAGAUUCCGUGUAAAAUCCCAAAAUGCAAUUGGAAUUAGCCGACCAGAUACCACUGUACCAAUUACUUGCCAGGAGAAGACUUUGGCACCAUCUAUUAACGUUGAUGUGAAGCUCAUUGAGGGUCUCACAGUAAAGGCUGGAAGCACAAUUAUACUCCCUGCAAUCAUGAAAGGAAUACCACUUCCAACACCCAAAUGGCUAAGUGAUGGCACUGAGCUGAAAUCAGAGGGCAAAUACAAGAUUGAUACUAAAGGAGCUUCAACAGUUCUAAGCAUUGCUGAUUGUGCAAGGACGGACAGUGGAGAAUAUUUACUUACUGUUUCAAAUCCUGCAGGAAGCAAGUCAGUUGCUCUUCAUGUAACAGUGCUUGAUCUUCCCGGUCCUCCAAUUGGACCUGUCAACAUCCUUACGGUUACUCCUGAUCACAUGGUUAUCCAGUGGCGUCCACCUAAGGAUGAUGGUGGCACACCACUGAUGAACUAUAUUGUUGAAAAGAAGGAUGUCAAGAAGUCUUGGGAACCAUGGUCUGUUGUGAGUUCUGGAAGUAUCAGCAACAACGCAAAGGUUCCACGUUUAGAGAAGGGUCGUGAAUAUAUUGUGCGUAUUCGUGCUGAGAACAAGAUUGGCAUUGGUGCUGCUCUUGAAAGUCCUCCGACUAUUGCCAAACAUAUGUAUGAUCCACCAGGCCCUCCUGGGCCACCAACAUGUUCAGAUAUUACAGAAAAUGCCGUGACAUUGUCGUGGACUAAACCAGAAACUGAUGGUGGAAGCCCAGUUAGUGGCUACAUUGUGGAACGCAGGGAGAUGACUGGUAAAUGGAUUCGUGUGAAUAAAACACCAGUCUUGGAUCUUCGCUACAGAGUCUCUGGUCUUUUUGAGAACAACAUAUAUGAAUUCAGAAUUUUUGCUGAAAAUGUUGCUGGUGUAAGUGAGCCUUCCUAUCCUUCAGACCAAAUAAAAGCUACACGCCCAAUUGCUCCUCCUGGACCUCCAAGUAACAUAAGACUGAAGGACUGGAGCAAGACUUAUGCAGAUUUGGUUUGGACCAAGCCUAACAGAGAUGGUGGCAGCCCUGUUUUAGGAUAUGUUGUUGAAAUCCAGAAAUCUGGUUCUGCACAGUGGGACAGGAUCAAUAAGGACCUUAUCAAGCAAUGUGCAUUCAGAGUCCCGGGACUUAUUGAAGGCACAGUGUACAGAUUCCGUAUUAGAGCAUCUAACAAAGUUGGAGAUGGGGAGCCACGAGAGCUAACAGAGACAGUACUUGCCAAAGACAUCCUUGUCCCCCCAGAGAUUACUGUUGAUGUUGCUUGCCGUGACCUUGUAACUGUUCGGGCAGGACAGAUCAUCAGCCUGGUCACCCGAGUUAAAGGCAGACCUGACCCUGAAAUCACAUGGACUAAGGAUGCAAGAGCCUUAGGCAGAGAUAAACGAACAGAAAUGAAUAACAACUUCCCAAUUGUUGAACUAGUCAUUCAGGAUGCUGUAAGAGGAGACUAUGGAAAAUAUGCAAUUCAAGCUAAAAACAGCAGUGGUCAAGCAAAUGCUACAAUCAUUGUUAAUGUGCUUGACAUUCCAGGAGCAUGCCAGAACUUGAAGGUUGCAUAUGUGACCAAGGAUUCCUGCAUGGUGUCUUGGGAAAAUCCAGAGGACAACGGUGGCACAGAAAUUACUAAUUACAUAAUAGAAUGCCGGCAACCUAGUCAAAGGGGAUGGACAGUUGUUUCAUCUGAUUGCACCAAACGUGUUGUAAAGGCUCCACUUGUGGAGAACUGUGAAUAUUUCUUCCGUGUUAGUGCAGAGAACAAAAUUGGUGCAGGACCACCAACAGAAACAAAAUCAGCAGUCCUUGCUGUUGACCCAGUUGAGAAACCUGGUGAGCCAGAGAAUUUCCAUAUUACUGAAAUUGGAAAAACCUUUGUCUUCCUUAAAUGGAAGAAGCCAGAGUAUGAUGGUGGUAGCCGCAAUCUUGCUUAUCAUAUAGAAAAGAAACCAAAAGAAGCAGAAGAAUGGGAAAGACUCCACAAAGGUGCUAUUAAAGAGACAUAUUUCAUGGCUGACAGAUGCAUAGAAAACCAAUUAUAUCAAUUUAGAGUUCAAACAAAAAAUGAAGGCGGAGAGAGCAACUGGGUGACUACAGCCGACAUUCUUGUAAAAGAGGAACUUGUAGUUCCUGUGCUACAUGUCAAGUUGGAAGGUGUUCUGGUAGUUAAAGCUGGAGAAUCAAUUCCAAUUGAGGCAGAGGUUAAAGGCAAACCACAACCAGAUGUCAAAUGGGCUAAAGAAGGGGACACUAAAGAUAUCAACAAAAGUCCUCGACUGCAGGUUGAGACUGGUGUCAACUUUUCUAAAUUCCUGCUAACAAAUGCAAAACGAGUAGAUGCUGGAAAAUAUACUGUUACUGCAACAAAUGCUGCAGGAACGUGUACAGCUGAGGCUAAAGUUAAUGUUCUUGACAGACCUGGACCUGUUAGAGGUCUCAAGGUGUCAGGAAUCUCGGUGGAUAGAUGUAAGUUGGAAUGGGAUGUACCUGAGGAUGAUGGUGGAUGUGAAAUUUAUAACUACAUCAUUGAGAAAUGUGAGACAAAGAGAGGUGUCUGGUCAAUUUAUUCUUCAGCUGUUAUAAAAAACUCUGCCAGUGUAACUCGUCUAAUUGAAGGAAAUGAGUACAUGUUUAGAGUAAGGGCAGAAAACAAGAUGGGGACUGGACCUGCUGUACAAACAGAGUCUUUUAUUGCAAGGAACCAGUUCAGUAGACCUGGUGCACCAGAUGCACCUGAGGUGACCAAAGUUUCAAAAGAUGAAAUGACAGUUGUAUGGUGCUCCCCUGAUAAUGACGGUGGAAAACCUAUCACUGGUUAUAUUCUAGAAAAGAAAGAAGAACAUGGCAUUAGAUGGGCACCAGUUAAUAAAUCUCCUAUUGCCAGUACGUGUUUGACCGUAACAGGUCUGUUGCCUAAUCAUGAAUACCAAUUCCGUGUAAAGGCUGAGAAUGAGGUUGGAGUUAGUGAUGCAAGCAAGCCAUCUCGAACAUUCACGGCAAAGGAUCCUGUUGGGCCUCCUGGUCCUGUUGGAAACUUAAAGGUGACUGAUAGUUCAAAAACAUCAAUCACACUUGGUUGGACAAAACCUACACAUGAUGGUGGAGCUCCACUCAUUGGAUAUGUAGUUGAGCUCAGAGUCAAGGGUACAGUCAAGAAGGGAGAAGAUGGAUGGAAGAGGUGCAACAUUGCUGCCCAGCUGAUUGGAACAGAGUUCACAGUAACAAGUCUGGAUGAGAAUCUUGAGUAUGAAUUCCGUGUUUCUGCACAAAACCAGAUAGGUCUGAGCAAGCCAACUAAUCUUGAGGGAGCUGUUUCUCCACGAGACAUUUUUGAUGCCCCUGAGGUUGUUUUGGAUGCUGAGCUGAAGAAAGGUCUUACUGUUAGAGCUGGGUGCCCAAUAAGAAUAGUUGCAACUGUCAGGGGACGUCCACCUCCCAAAGUGUUAUGGAGAAGAAUGGGAAUUGAUAAUGUUGUUAAGAAGGGUCAUGUGGAUCUCAUUGACACAAUGACAUUUCUUGUCAUCUCUGACACCACCCGUGAUGAUUCAGGCAAAUACUCACUCACCGUAACAAGUCCAGCAGGAGAAAAAGCUGUAUUUAUCAAUGUUAAAGUACUUGAUACACCUGGACCAGUUGUUGGUCUAGAAGCCAUGGAUAUUACAACGGUAUCUUGCAACCUAUCAUGGUCCCCACCUGAAAAUGAUGGUGGUAGUGAAGUCACUCAUUAUAUUGUUGAGAAGCGUGAAAUAGACCGCAAGACUUGGGCAACAGUUAAAACUGACUUAGAUAAAACAACAUUUAAUGUCAGCAAUCUUGUACCAGGAACAGAAUAUUACUUCAGAGUUACUGCAGUGAAUUUAUAUGGUCCAGGUGUUCCAAAGGCCACACAGAGAUCGUAUCUGGCUUCUGAUCCUAUCAGUAAACCUGAUCCACCACAGAAGGUAGAUGUUUUGGAGAUCACUAAGAACAGUGCCAAGGUGGGCUGGGUGAAACCAAUGAGGGAUGGUGGAGCUAAGAUUGAUGGCUACAUAGUUGACUACCUUGUGCUUCCUGAGCCCAAAAUAAUCAAGGAACCAUUGGGGGGUGAAAGUGAGGUAGAGCCUGGUGCCCAGCCUGUGUCCCCAUCACCACCAGUGGUGAAGAAGGAAGAAAUACAGGAGGAAAAGGAAGAAUGGACAUCAUAUAGCAUUGUGAAAGAUUUAUGUAUCUCUGUUGUUGGACUGAAAGAAGGAAGGAAAUAUCGCUUCAGAGUGGCUGCACGAAAUGCCAUGGGAGCUAGUCUUCCCACUCAAACCAAAGAAGCAUAUGAGAUUAAAGAACAAAUGUUGGAACCCAAGGUUAUCAUGUCAGAGUUUGUAUCUGCAAAAGCAGGAGCAAAAGUUAGAGUUGAGGCUCUUGUAUCUGGCAAGCCAGCACCUGUGUGCCAGUGGAAACGAGCAGAUGCCAAUGUGGUCCCCUCAAGCCGCCUUGCAGUACACAAAUCCCAGAACUUGUGUGUGCUCAUCAUCAAAGAUGUCUCAAGAACAGAUAGUGGUCAGUAUAGCCUUGUUGCAGAGAACAGCUCAGGAAAGGUGGAACAAGUUCUUAAGAUUGUCAUUAAAGAUAUUCCUGGACCACCUGAACCCCCAUUUGCAAUAAGUGACAUUGACUCUGAUGCUUGCACACUGUCUUGGAACCCACCACUUGAGGAUGGUGGUAGCAAUAUCACAAACUAUGUGGUUGAGAAAUGUGAUGUGAGCAGAGGUGACUGGGUUACUGCUCUUUCCAGCUGUGGCAAGGCUGGCUGCAGACUUGGUAAACUUAUUCCUGGAAAGGAGUAUAUGUUCCGUGUUCGUGCAGAGAACCGUUUUGGAAUUUCUGACCCCAUUACUUCUGAGAGGAUGAUAGCUAAAUUUCCAUUUGAUGUUCCUGGUGAACCCUUGAAUUGUCGAAUUACAAAAAUAAACAAGGACUGCAUGUUUGUGGCUUGGGAUAAGCCAGAGUCAGAUGGUGGCAGCCCCAUUACUGGAUAUUACAUUGAGCGAAAAGAAAGGAACAGUCUCUUAUGGGUUAAGGCUAAUGAUUCAGUUGUACGAACAACUGAAUAUCCUUGUGCUGGUAUAAUUGAAGGCCUAGAAUACAAUUUCAGAGUAUCUGCUAUUAACCGUGCAGGACAGGGAAAACCAAGUGCAAAGACUGAUUUCGUCACAGCAAGAACACCAGUGGAUGCUCCAGGUAAACCAGAGGUACUUGAUGUGACCAAAAAUACAGUUUCACUGGUUUGGUCCAAGCCAAAGCAUGAUGGUGGAAGCAAGAUCAUAGGAUACUAUGUUGAAGCCUUGAAGAUUCCCGGAGACAAAUGGCUGCGCUGCAACACAAGCAGUCAGAAUGUACCCCGGGAAGAGUAUACUGUAUCUGGAUUGGAAGAGGGUGCCCAGUAUCAGUUUAGGGUUAUUGCAAAAACAGCCAUUAACAUUAGCAGGCCAUCUGAAGUCAGUGACCCUAUUCUGGUGUCUGCAGAGAAUGUUCCUCCCAGAAUAGAACUGUCAAUACAGAUGAAGAAGAUGGUGCCAAAGAGAGCUGGAUCAGAUAUCUGUCUUGAAGCUGAGGUUUUUGGUAAACCUAUGCCAAAGGUUACAUGGAGCAAGGAUGGAAAAGUGUUGAGCAUGGAUAAAGACAUGAAAAUGUCACAAAAGAGACACCUAUUUUGUCUAAAUCUUACUGCAGUUACAAAACUCCAUACCGGGCAGUACAGCAUUCUUGCUGAGAAUGCAAGUGGGUCGAAGACAGCAGACAUACAGCUCACAGUUUUGGAUGUGCCUGGUCCACCUGCCUCUAUCAAGUUAGAUGAGGUAUUUUCUGAUCAUGUCAAAUUAAGCUGGACAGCUCCACAUGCAGAUGGUGGUUCACCAAUUACAAACUACAUUGUGGAUAAACGUGAGUCAAGCCGAGCUAAUUGGGCCCAGGUUUCUGCUAAAAUCAGCCGUGAUAUAACCGAGUUUUGUGUGGAAAGGCUGAUAAUGGGUCAUGAAUACCAAUUCAGAGUACGUGCUGAAAACCGAUAUGGUGCUGGUGAUGCCAUCCACUCAGAUCCUGCUGUUGCAAAGGACCCUUUCACUGUUCCUGGACAAUGUGAUCCACCGAUUGUCACAAAUAUCACGAAGGAGAAAAUGACUGUAAGCUGGAAGGAACCCUCUGAUGAUGGCAACUCUACCAUUCUUGGAUAUAUUGUUGAGAAGCGUGAGACUAAAGAAAUUAACUGGACAAAACUGAAUAGGAAGCCAUUACUUGAAAGGUCACUUGAAGUUGGAGCUCUCUCAGAAGGGGCUCAAUAUGAGUUUAGAGUUAUUGCAGUUAACAAAGCUGGUCUUGGAAAACCUAGUGAGCCAUCAAAUUCUGCUGCUGCAGUUGAUCCUAUUUAUCCUCCUGGACCACCAAUUUCCCCAAAGGUUACAGACACAAGUAACAGCACUAUUAGCUUAUCUUGGACUAAACCUGCAAAUAAUGGUGGAAGUGAAAUUUUGGGAUAUCUAGUUGAAUGCAAAAGAACAGAUGCAACAGACUGGAUCAGAUGCAAUGUCCCAAAGAAUCUACAUGACACACACUAUGUUGUCACUGGACUCUUGGAGAAAUCAGAAUAUCAACUACGUGUUAGUGCUGUGAACAAAGUUGGCUUUAGUCAGCCAUGUGAAGUCCCAGAUAAACAUGUUGCAAAGGAUGUGUUUGUUGCACCUGAGGCAGAACUUGAUGCAGAAUUGAAGGAUUUGUUGGUGCUUCAGGCUGGUGCUCGAAUGAAACUUCAUGCCAAAAUCAAAGGCCGACCAAUUCCAAAGGUCACAUGGGCCAAGAUGAAUACCAACAUAAAGGACAGACAGGGCAUCAUCAUUAAAGUCACAGACACUGAAACAAUGGUUUAUGUUGAAAGAGUUAAUAGAUAUGAUGCAGGGAAAUACAUUCUCAACCUUGAUAGUGUCAGUGGCAUGAAGAUGUACACAGUUGUUGUUAAGGUUCUUGAUACCCCAGGCCCACCACUAAACCUGAUGGUAAAGGAGACAUCAAAGGACAGUGCAUCUAUCAUGUGGGAUGAACCACUAAUUGACGGUGGAAGUGAAAUUACAGGUUACAUAGUAGAAAAACGUGAUGCAGAGAGAAAAGCAUGGUCCACAGUUUCCAGCUGUAAUAAAACAUCUUUCAAGAUUGAGGACCUGGAGCCUGGUAGAUCCUACUACUUUAGAGUAAUGGCUCAGAAUAAGUAUGGUACUGGUGAACCUGGUGAAGCAGCAGAUGCUGCCAGAGCCUCUGAACAACCUGGACCAGUCUUGGACUUUAAGGCCUUGCUAGUAACUAGAGAUUCAUGCACACUUUCUUGGAAGAAACCAGUUACUGAUGGUGGUAGCCGCAUAAUUGCAUAUGUGCUUGAAGUUCUUAAUGGUGAGGACAAAUGGAAGGAGCUUCUAAGAUCCAAGAACAUGCAAUAUAGUGCUAAAGAUCUUGUUGAAGGAAGGGAAUACAAAUAUAGAGUAAUGGCAACCAACGAUGCAGGUGAUGGUCCAGUGAAGGAGCUUUCCAUUGUGGCAAAGGAUGUUAUUGUUUCUCCCAGCUGUGAUUUACGGGCUUUGCCAAACUUGAACUACAUUGCAAAAGAAGGAAGCACUGUUCGAGUCAAAAUUCCCAUCAUUGGUAAACCUGUACCAGCAGUCUCAUGGAAGAAGGGUGAAGAUGAAAAUUUGACUGAAACUGGAAGAGUCUGUGUGGAAUCGACUGCUGUUAAUACAACUCUCUUGAUUCGGGACUGCCAGAGGAGUGAUGCUGGAAAAUAUACCAUUACGCUACGUAAUAAUGCUGGAUCGAAAGAAUCCUCUAUAUUUGUUAGAGUCGUUGGCAAGCCAGGAAUUUGUACAGGACCUAUCAAGUUUAAGGAAGUAACAGCCGAUGGAGCUACUUUAAAAUGGGGUGCUCCUAAAGAAGAUGGAGGGUCAGAGGUCACCAACUACCUUCUAGAGAAACGUGAUUCCAUUACCAAUAUGUGGGUAACUGUUUCCUUAGCAGUGGACACAAACAGUUAUAGAGUGGCUGGUCUUUAUGAAGGAACAGAAUAUAUCUUCAGAGUUUCUGCAGAAAACAAAUAUGGAGUUGGAGAAGGUCUUAAAUCUGAACCUAUGGUUGCCAAGCAUCCAUUUAACGUCCCUGAUGCUCCACCUCCACCACAAAUCUUGAGCAUGCGUCAUGACUCAGCAACACUGGCUUGGUCUGAUCCACGAAAAACGGGCGGUUCACCAAUUACUGGAUAUCAUGUGGAAUUCAAGGAAAGAAACAGUAUGUUAUGGAAAAGAGCUAACCCAGCACCUUUAAAAAUGAAAGACUUCAAAGUAACAGGUUUAACUGAGGGCUUGGAAUAUGAGUUUAGAGUAAUGGCUAUAAACUUGGCUGGUGUUGGCAAGCCAAGUCCUCCGACUGAGCCAAUGGUUGCUUUGGAUCCUAUUGAUCCUCCUGGUAAACCUGAUGUAAUCAGCAUCACAAGAAGUACUGUAACACUUCAAUGGACCGAACCUCAGUAUGAUGGUGGACACAGACUAACAGGUUACGUUGUUGAGAGACGUGAUCUUCCUGCGAAGUUCUGGGUGAAAGCCAACCCUGUAAACGUUGUGGAAUGUGCAUAUACUGUGGCUAACUUGCAGGAAGGUUGCAAGUUCGAAUUCAGGAUCAGAGCCAAGAAUUCAGCUGGGGCAAUAAGUCCACCAUCUGAACAAACAGAUACUCUUUUAUGCACUGAUGAAUAUGCUGCACCAUCCAUUAUUAUUGACCCCACAGUAAAGGAAGGGCUUACAGUCAAAGCUGGAGACACAAUAGUUAUCAAUGCAACAAGUAUUUUGGGAAAACCUUCACCAAGUUCAAUCUGGUCAAAAGGAGGAAAGUAUUUCAAGCCAUCAGAUAUAUGUCAGAUUGAAACUACUCCUACAUCCUCUACUCUGUUUAUCAAAUAUGCAAGCAGAAAAAAUUCAGGGGAUUAUACCAUUACAGCCAGCAAUCCAUUUGGUGUCAAAGAAGAGAAUGUCAAGGUAAAGGUGUUGGAUGUCCCUGGGCCCCCAGGACCAAUUGAAGCAAGUGGCAUAUCAUCUGAAAAGGUUACCUUGACCUGGGCACCACCUAAUGAAGAUGGUGGAUCUGCAAUUAAAAAUUACAUUCUAGAAAAGAGGGAAACAAGCCGUCUUCUUUGGACAAUUCUUGCAGAAAAUGUUAUUGAUUGUCAUUUUGUUGCAAAUAAACUAAUCCAAGGGAAUGAAUACAUAUUCCGUGUAGCAGCUGUCAACCAUAGUGGAUCUGGUGAUUUUUCACAUUCAGAGCCUGUAAAGAUGGUGGAUAACUAUGGUCCCCCAGGCCCUCCAGCAAGACCAGAAGUGGAACAGAUUGGAGGCAGGACUGUUACAAUUAAAUGGAAGAGACCCGCUGAUGAUGGAGGCAGUGAUAUCACAGGCUAUACGGUUGAGAAAAAAGAAAGAAAGGGCAUAAGGUGGUCAAGAGCAUCAAAGAAGACUGUACCUGACCUUCAGUUCGAGGUGCAAGGUCUCACAGAAGGAGAAGAAUAUCAAUUCAGAGUAACUGCUGAAAAUAAAGCUGGCUUUGGGGAACCGAGUGAGCCAUCACAACCUGUUAGAACAAAGGUCAUGGCAGUUGUACCUGGACCCCCAGUGAACCCAAGAGUGACAGAUACAACAAAGAAAACAGCUGAACUGCAUUGGGGCAAACCUCUUAAUGAUGGUGGCAUGCCUGUUACAGGAUAUACUGUUGAGCAUAAAAAGGAUGGAGAAGAGACAUGGGUAAAAGAUACAACUACACCUUUAAUGAUCACAGAAUUUGUUGUUCCAAACCUGGAGACUGGAGCAAAGUAUCAUUUUAGAAUUAGUGCCAUGAAUGCAAUGGGAGUUGGGGAGCCAGCACAAACAGUAGACCUUACUCAAAUAAUCGAAUGUGAAGUAAUCCCAGACCUGGAGCUUGAUAUUGAAUUGAGAAGAACACUAGUUGUCAAAGCUGGAUGCUCUAUUCGCAUAUUUGUUCCAAUUAAAGGCCGCCCAAUUCCAUCUGUUACUUGGUCAAAGGAGGAGACUGCACUAAAAACCCUUGCAAACAUUGACAAUACAGAGUCUUACACUCUUUUAGUCAUUCCGGAUUGCAACAGACAUGAUGCUGGAAAAUAUGACUUAACAUUAGAGAAUGCUGCUGGAAAGAAGACUGCUUAUGUGAAUGUUAAAGUUUUGGACUCUCCAGGGCCACCUAUCAAUCUUAAACCAAAAGCCAUUGACAAGGAAAGCAUUACACUUCAGUGGGAACCACCUCUAAUUGAUGGUGGCGCAAAGAUUACUAAUUACAUCAUUGAAAAAAGAGAAGCUACUCGAAAAGCUUAUGCUGCUGUUGUAACAAAAUGUGCUAUGUGUUCUAUAAGAAUUCCAAAUUUGUCAGAGGGGUCAGAAUAUUAUUUCAGAGUAUUUGCAGAAAAUGAAUUUGGAAUUGGUGAAUCAGUAGAAACCCUGGAUCCCAUCAGAGCAUCUCAAGCACCAAGUCCCCCAGAAAUGGUCACAAUUACUGAUGUUACCAAAAACUCAGCUAGUCUUGCUUGGACCAAACCAAAACAUGAUGGUGGAAGCAGAAUAACUGGGUAUGUUAUUGAAGCUCAGAAAAGAGGAACAGACCAGUGGGCUCAUGUGACCACUGUAAAGACUUUAGACUUUACUGUAAAGAACUUAAAUGAAAAUGAGGAGUAUGUAUUCCAUAUCAUGGCUGUUAACUUGUCGGGCAGAAGCCAUCCUCGUGAAAGCAAGCAUGUCAUUAUAAGAGAACAAAGCACAGAACCAGAAUUUGACUUGCGGGGUAUCUGCAAGAAGACGGUCAUAGUAAAGGCUGGAGAUAACAUAAAGGUAGAGGUACCUGUAAUUGGGCGUCCUAAACCAACAGUAACCUGGCAAAAAGAUCAUCAAGCUCUCAAGUUAACGCAAAGGACAAUGGUUGAAAAUACCUCUACUUCUACUAUCUUGACUAUAAAUGAAUGUUUGAGAAGUGACACUGGAGUGUAUACAAUUACAGGGAAAAAUAUAGUUGGUUCAGUUACUGAGAACAUCAUAAUCAAAGUGCAUGAUGUUCCUGGACCACCCAGGGGACCAAUAAAACUAGACAAAAUAUCUCGUAAUUCCAUUGAGUUCUCUUGGGAUCUACCCGAAAAUGAUGGAGGUGUACCAAUUAAUAACUAUGUCAUUGAAAUUAGAGAAACUACUACUCAGAAUUGGACAGAACUCUCUUCCAUGGUCAUUCGGUCAACAUUUAAAGCAACUCAUCUAACAACAGGGGUGGAAUACCAAUUUCGUGUAAAGGCCAAAAAUAGAUAUGGUGUAGGACCUCCAAUCACAUCAGAAGCUGUAGUUGCAGCGUUUCCAUUUAAGGUGCCUGGGCCACCAGGCACUCCUAAAGUUGUUGAAUUCACAAAGGACACAAUGACAGUUGGUUGGAAUGAGCCAGUUAAUGAUGGGGGAAGUGAAGUUAUUGGAUAUCAUGUUGAAAGAAAGGCGAGGAACAGCAUUGUCUGGCAUAAAAUUAGCAAAGCUCUUGUAGUGGGAAACCUUUUCAAAACAACUGGUCUGGAGUCUGGCACUGCAUACGAGUUCCGUGUGAUGGCUGAAAAUGUAGCAGGAAUUGGAAAACCAAGCAAAGUAUCUGAGCCCAUGCUUGCUCUUGAUCCAGUGGAUCCACCCGGUCAGCCUUUACCAAUCUCUGUGUCCAAAAAUUCAAUCACAAUUAAGUGGACAAAGCCAGAAUAUGAUGGUGGGUUCAAGAUUACAGGUUAUAUUGUGGAAAAAAGAGAUCUACCAGCUGGGCGCUGGAUAAGGGCCAACUUCACAAACAUUAUUGAAACAACCUUUACUGUUAGUGGCUUAAGCAAAGAUGCAUCCUAUGAAUUCCGUGUGUUUGCAAGAAAUUCAGCUGGUGCUAUUAGCAACCCAUCAGAUGUAUCAGAUCAAAUAAUUUGUAAAGAUGACUUUGAAGAACCAAAAAUUAUGGUUGAUGCAAAAUUUAAGGAUGUUUUGCUUGUUAGAGCAGGAGAAGCCUUCAGACUUGAUGCUGAUGUUACAGGUCAGCCACUGCCAUCUAUGGUUUGGACCAAAGAUGGAAAGGACAUUGAAAACACUUCUAAACUACAGAUCAAAUUGACUGACCUCUCUGCUUUUUUGGUUAACAAGGACUCCCUUAGAAAAGAUGGAGGUCAGUUUGUUCUGACAGCUACUAAUGUGGGUGGAUUUGCUAAACACGUAUUCAAUGUUAAAGUCCUUGAUAGACCAGGACCACCUACAGGACCUCUUAUGGUUUCAGAUAUCACAGCAGAAAAAUGUGUGCUUAAAUGGGCUCCACCUGAAGAUGAUGGUGGGGCAAACAUUGAACACUAUGUAAUUGAAAAACGUGAGUCAAGCAGACUUGCCUGGACAAAUGUGGCAACAGAAUUGCAAGUUACACAGUACCAGGUAACAAAACUGCUCAAAGGAAAUGAAUACAUUUUCAGAGUCAUGGCUGUUAAUAAGUAUGGAGUUGGUGAAGCCCUUGAGUCUGACCCAACAAUUGCAGACAACCCUUAUGUUCCACCUGAUCCUCCACAAAUGCCUGAGAUUACAGCUGUCACAAAGGAUUCAAUGGUGAUUUGCUGGAGAGCUCCUGCAAAUAAUGGUGGAAGCGAAAUCACUAACUAUGCCAUUGAGAGAAGAGACAGAAUUGGUUUACGCUGGGUAAAAUGCAACAAGAAGAAGGUAACUGACUUGCAUUUCAAGGUAACUGGACUUGUUCCAGGACAUGAAUAUGAAUUCAGAGUUUUUGCAGAGAAUGUAGCUGGACUCAGUGCACCAAGUCCUUCAAGUCCCUACACAAAGGCCACAGACACACUGUUCAAACCAGGCCCACCUGGUAACCCAAGGGUUUUGGACACAUCGAGUUCGUCUAUCACACUUGCAUGGAAUAAACCAGGGUAUGAUGGUGGUUCUGAAGUCACUGGAUAUAUUGUUGAGACCUGUUUACCUGGAACUGAAGAGGAAGAAUGGAAAAUUGUCUCUCCUAAAGAAGGACUGAAAGCAACAUCAUUUAGUAUAACAAAUCUUAAGGAGAAUCAGGAAUACAAAAUAAAUAUUUCAGCUGUUAACAGUGAGGGUGUUGGAGAAGCAGCAUCUGUUCCCGGUUCCCCUAAAGCUGAAGAAAGACUCUUACCACCAGAAAUUGACCUUGACGCUGACCUCCGUAAGGUUGUGAACAUUAGAGCAUGUAACACCUUAAGGCUAUUUGUGCCAAUUAGAGGAAGGCCAACUCCAGAGACCAAAUGGUCAAGAGAGAAUAAUGAACCUUUGGAUAAAGCUACAAUUGAGAGUACAUCAUCUUUCACAUCUUUGGUAGUUGGAAACGUAAAUAGAUUUGACAGUGGCAAAUAUAUUUUGACAGUGGAGAACAGCUCAGGAAGUAAAUCAGUUUCUGUGACUGUUAGAGUUCUAGAUUCACCAGGUGCACCGCAAAACCUCCAAAUCAGCAAAGUUACCAAAGAAUCUGUCUCACUUGUAUGGGAUCCUCCACUGAAUGAUGGUGGGACAAAGAUAAAGAACUACAUUGUUGAAAAGCGUGAAGCAACAAGAAAGGCCUAUGCUACAGUUAACUCUAAUUGUCAUAAAACAACAUGGACUGUUGAUCCGCUUCAAGAAGGGUGCAAUUACUACUUCAGAGUACUGGCAGAGAAUGAGUAUGGUAUUGGUCUCCCUAUUGAGACCAGUGAAUCAGUCAAAGUAUCAGAAAAACCACUUCCUCCAGGAAAAAUUACACUUCAGGAUGUUACAAAGACAAGUGUCACACUGUCAUGGGAGAAGCCUGAACAUGACGGAGGAAGUAGAGUGGUUGCAUAUGUUUUGGAGAUGCAGAGUAAAGCCAGUGAGAAAUGGACACAGGUCAUGAUUGUCAAGGUACCAGAGGCAAUUGUUUCGGGCCUUACACCUGGUGAAGAGUACAUGUUCCGUGUUUCAGCCAGAAAUGAAAAAGGCACCAGUGAUCCUCGACAAAUUGGUGUUCCAGUGAUUGCCAAAGAUCUUGUAAUUGCCCCUUCUGCCAAAUUGUUAUUUUCAACAUUUACUGUUCUUGCUGGAGAGGAUUUGUCAAUAGAUAUUCCAUAUAUUGCUCGACCCAAAGCUGCAGUCUCUUGGGUGAAGGAUGCUACACCUCUAAAGCGAACAAGCAGGGUUAGCUUCACUUCCACAGAAAACCAAUUGAAUCUUGUAAUCAAAGAGUCAUGUAGAGAUGAUGUUGGCCAGUAUAGCAUCAAACUUUCAAACACAGCUGGUGAGACAUCAAUGAAUAUAGGAGUAGUUGUCCUUGACAAACCUGGCCCACCAGUUGGCCCAGUGAAUUUUGAAGCAGUAACAGCUGACAGUGUUACUAUUUCAUGGAAACCACCAGAGUAUGAUGGAGGCUGCACCAUUAAGAACUAUGUGGUGGAGAAAAGAGACACAUCCACAACAAACUGGGUAGUUGUAACAGCAAAUCUAGCCAGAACCAAGGUUAAAGCUGGAAGACUAAAAACAGGCAAUGAAUAUCAAUUUAGAAUCACUGCUGAGAACAGAUAUGGCAAAAGCCCUUUACUUGUCUCAGAGUGUGUUAUUGCACAGUAUCCAUAUAAGCUUCCAGGACCACCUGGAACACCCUUCAUUCAUUCCUCAACCAAAGAAAGUAUGGUUGUGAUGUGGAAUGAACCUGUUAUUGAUGGAGGAAGCACAAUUUUGGGUUACCAUCUUGAACGUAAAGAAAGAAACAGCAUUCUUUGGGUCAAGCUUAAUAAGACUAUAAUCCAGGACACAACAUACAAGACCACAGGCCUUGAGGUAGGCCUUGAAUAUGAAUUUAGGGUGUAUGCUGAGAACAUUGUUGGUAUUGGAAAGGCAAGCAAAAUAUCAGAGGGACAUUUUGCUCGAGAUCCUUGUGAUCCUCCUGGUACACCCGAAGCAGUUAAAAUUACAAAGAACUCCAUCACUAUUAUGUGGACUAAACCUGAGUAUGAUGGUGGAAGCAAGGUCACAGGGUAUAUUGUUGAAAAGAAAGAAUUACCUGAAGGACGUUGGCUGAAAGCAAACUUUACCAACGUAAUUGAAACAGAGUAUAGUGCCACAGGUCUGACAGAAGACCAGAAAUAUGAGUUUCGAGUUAUUGCAAGAAAUGCCUCAGGAGUUUUUAGUGAUCCUUCAUAUAGCACAGGGCCCAUUACUGCGAAGGAUGAGAUUGAACCCCCUCGCAUCAGCCUGGACCCACAUUACACCCAGGCAAUUGUUGUAAAUGCAGGAGAAUCAUUUAAAAUUGAUGCAGAUGUACAUGGAAAACCAAUACCAACAAUUCACUGGAUGAAGGGAGAUCAAGAACUUGGAAACACUAUACAUCGUGAAAUUAAGAACACGACCAAAUCUGCAUGCUUGUCCGUAAAAGAGUCCAAGGUUGCUGAUGGUGGCCAGUACACGCUACUGCUAAGGAAUCCAGGAGGUGAGAAAGCUGUCCAUGUCAAUGUCAAUGUUCUAGAUAAACCUGGGGCACCCGAGGGUCCCAUAUCCAUUACAGGGGUAACCAGUGAACAAUGCUACCUUGCAUGGAAACCCCCAAAGCAGGAUGGUGGGAGCACAAUCACUCAUUACAUUGUUGAGAGAAGAGAGACAAGCAGACUUAUCUGGACUUUGGUUGAAUCCAAAGUUCCAGCUGAAAUGUUGAAAGUUACAAAACUCCUUGAAGGCAAUGAAUAUAUAUUUAGGGUUUUUCCAGUAAAUAAAUUUGGAGUUGGUGAAGCACUUCAGUCUGAUCCAGUCCUUAUUAAAGAUCCAUUUAUGCUACCUGAUGCUCCAAAGGGAAUAGAGGUCUCUGAUAUAAAGAAAGACUCAAUGGUAUUAAGUUGGGAAGCACCGUCAAGUAAUGGUGGCACUCCUGUCACUGGAUAUAUAAUUGAAAAACAUGACAAGGAGAGUGUUAGAUGGAUCAGAUGCAAUAGGAAAAUGGUCACAAACCUAACCUACAAAGUCACUGGGCUUCUUGAGGCCCACCUCUAUGAAUUUAGAGUCGCAGCUGAAAAUUCUGUUGGAGUUGGUGAGCCUAGUUCAGCAACGGUAUUCUAUAAAGCUCUGGAUCCUGUGUUCAAACCAGGUCCUCCACAUAAUCCUAAAGUUAUAGACACAACCAAAUCAUCUGUGUCACUUGCAUGGGGGAAACCUAUUUAUGAUGGUGGAUGUGAAAUCCAGGGAUAUAUUGUUGAAUCCUGUGAGGUAAAAGCACCAGUAGAGGAGGUGAAACCUGCUCAGGAAAUUGAAGUUGCAGAGGUUGUGGAUGAAGAAUGGACUAUGUGCACCCCAGCAACUGGUGUUAAGUUAACAUGUUUUACAGUAGAAAAUCUAAAAGAAAAACAGACAUACAAGUUCAGAGUAUGUGCAGUUAACAAAGUUGGUGUUGGUGAACAUGCAGACAUUGCUGGUCACAUUCAACCGGAAGACAAGACAGAGGAGCCAGAUCUUGAUAUUGAUCCUGAGUUUAGAAAGAUUGUCAGUAUUAAAGCUGGAGGAUCUCUACGAGUUUUUGUUCCCAUUAAAGGACGCCCUGUACCACAAAUUAAAUGGGAGAAGGAUGAUGGCCCCAUUAAAGAGACAGCACAAAUUGAAGUCACAAGUUGUCACACUUCUCUUGUGAUUGAUAAAAUAAAUAGACAGGACAGUGGAAAGUACUCCGUGAUUGCAGAAAACUCAUCUGGUGUAAAGUCUGCGACCAUCAUUGUGAAAGUUCUUGAUACUCCUAGUGCUCCAGUUAACCUUAAAGUUCAAGAAAUUACAAGAGAGUCUGUCACUCUUUCAUGGGAACCUCCUACAUUGGAUGGAGGUGCUAAGAUCAAAAACUAUAUUGUUGAAAAACGUGAAACUACAAGGAAAACCUUCUCUGCUGUUGUAACAAAUUGCCAUAAAUUGACAUGGAAAAUUGAACCACUUCAAGAAGGCUGCUGUUACUAUUUCAGAGUCCUUGCAGAAAAUGAGCAUGGUAUUGGAAUACCUGCAGAUAUUACCGAUCCUUUGAAAGUAUCAGAAGUGCCACAAUGCCCUGGAAAAUUAAGUGUUGUAGACAAUACAAAAACAAGUGUCUCUCUUGCUUGGGAAAAACCACUGCAUGAUGGUGGCAGUAGAAUUCUUCAAUACCUUGUUGAAAUGCAAGUGAAAGGAAAUGAAAAAUGGUCUGGUUGUGCAAACGUAAAAACAUUAGAAGCUGUUAUUAAUAAUUUAAACCCAGGUGAGGAGUACACUUUCAGAGUAACUGCUAUUAAUGAAAAAGGAAAGAGUGACCCAAGAAUUCUGGCAGUGCCUGUACAAGCAAAGGAUCUAGUUAUCGAACCAGAUGUUAGGCCUUCAUUUAACAAUUACAGUGUUCUUGUUGGUAAAGACCUGCAAGUUGAAAUUCCAAUUUCUGGACGCCCUAAACCAAAGGUGACAUGGAUAAAGGAUGGGGAAGCUCUUAAAUUCACAACAAGAGUGAACAUUUCAAAUACACCGCAUAGUACAAUUCUUAGCAUCAAGGAAGCUGCCAGAGAGGAUGGUGGCAUGUAUGGAAUCAAUGUUUCAAAUAUUCUGGGGCAAAAAGAUGCAACAGUCGAAAUAAUCACUCUUGACAAACCAGGACCACCAACUGGCCCUGUAAGAUUUCUUGAGGUAACGGUAUCAAGUGUUACACUGUCAUGGGAACCUCCAAAGUACACUGGUGGUUGUCCAAUUUCAAAUUACAUUGUACAAAAGAGAGACACAACUACCAAUACUUGGGAGAAUGUUGCAGUUUCUGUUGCAAGAACAACACUGAAGGUCUCCAGACUAAAAACUGGGGUGGAGUAUCAGUUUAGGAUUAUUGCUCAAAACAGAUAUGGCAAAAGCUAUGCUUUAGAAUGUCCAGCUGUUGUUGCCCAGUACCCAUAUAGAGAACCAGGCCCACCUGGUACUCCAUUUGUGUCAUCUUUGUCCAGAGAUCACAUGGUUGUAGAGUGGCAUGAGCCUGUUGUAGAUGGAGGCAGCAACAUUAUAGGAUAUCACCUUGAAAGAAAAGAAAGGAACAGUAGCCUUUGGACAAAGAUAAACAAGAGCUUGAUUCAAGAAACAAAAUUCAAAACCUAUCCUUUGGAAGAGGGAAUUGAAUAUGAGUUCAGGGUCUAUGCAGAAAAUAUUGUUGGCAUUGGUCGAUGCAGCAAAAUCUCAGAGGGGUAUGUGGCCCGUGAUCCAUGCGAUCCACCUGGCACCCCAGAAGCUAUUCAUGUUAGCAAAGAUUCAAUAAUAAUACAAUGGACAAAACCAGAAUAUGAUGGAGGAAGUGUAAUAACUGGUUAUACUGUUGAGAAGCGUGAUCUGCCAGAAGGACGCUGGGCAAAAGCUAGUUUUACAAAUGUCAUUGAAACCCAAUUUACUAUUACUGGGCUUACAGAGGGAGCUAAAUAUGACUUUAGAAUAAUUGCAAAAAAUGCUGUUGGCACUAUUAGCAAACCAUCUUUGAACAGUGGACCUAUUACUGCACUGGAUGAAGUCCAGCCACCAAAGUUUUCAAUUGAUCCUGAAUAUACUCAGACCAUUACUGUGAAUGCUGGGGAUACAUUUAAACUUGAUGCAGAUGUCCAUGGCAAACCAGUACCUACAAUGCAGUGGUUCCUAGGUGAGAAGAAACUUGAAAACACAAUGAAAUGUGAGAUUAAAAACUCUGACACCAGGGCUAUGAUUGUCUUAAAGGAUGCACUCAGACAUGAUAGUGGACACUAUAGUCUUCAUCUCACCAAUGUCGCUGGCUCACAAACUGUUUCAUUCCAAGUGAAAGUACUGGACAAACCCAGUCCACCCGAAGGACCUCUUCGCAUCACAGGGGUAUCAAGCAAUAAAUGUACACUGUCAUGGCGCCCCCCACAAGAUGAUGGGGGAAGCCUUAUCACCCAUUAUAUUAUUGAAAGACGUGAAACAAGCCGUCUUGCUUGGGCCAUUAUCUCUACUGUUUGUAAAGCCACAAUAUUCAAAGUCACAAACCUUCUUGAAGGCAAUGAAUACAUCUUUCGUGUCAUGGCUGUCAACAAUUACGGUGUUAGUGAGCCAAUUAAUUCUCCAUCUGUAAUACUGAAGAAUCCAUUUAUAACCCCAGGAUCACCUCAAAUUCUGGAGGUGACUAACAUUGCCAGAGAUUCUAUGACUGUGUGCUGGAGUGCACCAGAGAAUGAUGGAGGAAGUGAAAUUGUUGGAUAUAUCAUUGAAAAGAAAGAUCGUUCUGGAAUUAAGUGGACCCGAUGCAAUAGACAAAAAGUCACUGAUGUAUGUUUCAGAGUUCAAGGCCUCAUGGAGGAUCAUGAGUAUGAGUUCAGAGUGUCAGCUGAAAAUGCAGCUGGAAUUGGUGAACCUAGCUUACCUACAUCAUACUACAAAGCUUGUGAUCCUAAAUAUAAACCUGGCCCUCCCACAAAUGCACAUAUAAUUGACACCACAAAGAGCUCAAUUUCAGUGGCAUGGGGAAAGCCUCUUAAUGAUGGUGGAAGUGUCAUUCAAGGAUACAUAGUUGAGAUAUGCAAAAUGGAGGAGGAUGAAUGGACUAUGUGUACCCCACCAACUGGUCUGCGUGUUAAUAAAUUUGAAAUAAGCAAACUAACAGAGCAUCAGGAGUAUAAGAUUCAGGUAUGUGCUAUCAAUAAAUUAGGUGUGGGUGAGCCUGCAGUUAUUACUGAGCCUGUGAAAACAGAGGACAGACUUGAAGUUCCUGAAAUUCAUCUUGAUUCAGAGUUGAGGAAAGGUAUAGUUGUUCGAGCUGGGGGAUCAUUUAGAAUCAAUGUGCCUUUCAAGGGAAGACCAACACCAGAUAUUAAAUGGACUAAAGAUGAAGGGGAUUUGACAGAGAAAGCCAUAAUUGAGAAAGGUUUUAAUUUUACACAGCUUUCACUUGACUCAUGUGACAGAAAAGAUUCUGGAAAAUAUAUUGUGUCCCUAAAGAACAGCGGUGGAACAGCAUGUGAAUUUGUGUCAGUAAAAGUAUUAGAUACACCAGCAGCUCCACUUAACCUGGUGGUAAAAGAUAUUAAGAAAGAUUCCAUGACACUUGUUUGGGAUCCACCACUUAUUGAUGGAGGUGCAAAAAUCAAAAACUAUCUUGUAGAUAAGCGUGAAUCCACAAGAAAAGCAUAUGCUAAUGUCACAACAAAGUGUAGCAAGACAAGCUUCAAGGUGGAAAAUCUUGCAGAGGGGGCACUAUACUACUUUAGAAUUAUGGCUGAAAAUGAAUAUGGAAUUGGUCUACCAGUUGAAACAAAGACUGCAUUAAAGGCUUCUGAAGUACCUCUGUCAGUAGGAAAGAUCAUGUUGACUGAUGUUACCAAAACAAGUGCAUCUCUUGCAUGGGAGAAACCAGAGCAUGAUGGUGGCAGCAGGAUUGCAGGCUACUUGAUUGAAAUGCAAUUAAAGGGAACAGAAAAAUGGAGUGUAGCAACAUCUGUCAAAACCUGUGAAGGUACUGUCACUGGGCUAACAGCUGGUCAUGAAUAUUUGUUCCGGGUUCUUGCUUAUAAUGAGACAGGAAAGGGUGAGCCUAAGCUUCUUGCUGCGCCUGUCAUAGCCAAUGACUUAACCAUUGAACCCAGCAUAAAAUCACAGUUUAAUACAUACAAUGUGAAAUCUGGUAAGGAUCUUAAAUUGGAAAUACCUGUAUUUGGACGUCCCAAGCCAAAGGUUACUUGGAUGAAGGAUGGACAAGCUCUUAAAGUGACAUCGCGAAUCAGCACUUCAAACACACCAACAUCAGCCAUUCUACAGAUUACUGAAGCCAGUAAAGAUGACUUUGGAAAGUAUACAAUAAGUGCAACAAAUAGCACUGGCACUAUUACAGAAGAUAUUGGAAUAAUUGUCCUUGAUAAGCCUGGUCCACCAAAUGGUCCAAUUAAAGUGAAUGAAGUGAGCAAUAGCUUUGUUACAAUCUCAUGGGAACCCCCAUCUUACACAGGAGGCUGUCAGGUGAAGCACUAUAUUGUUGAAAAGCGAGAGACAACUACUACAGCAUGGGAAGUUGUAGCUGGAUCAGUUGCCAGGACAUCUCUAAAAAUAGCAAAGCUGAAAACCGGUUCUGAGUACCAGUUUAGAGUCAUUGCUGAAAACAGAUAUGGCAAGAGUUCCUCUUUGGAGUCAAAGGCAGUUGUGGUUCAGUAUCCAUACAAACCUCCUGGGCCACCUGGAACUCCAUAUGUGAAAUCUGCCACCAAGGAUCAAAUGAUAAUUGAGUGGAAUGAGCCUGUCAAUGAUGGUGGAAGCUCAGUAAUUGGCUACCACCUGGAAAGCAAAGAACGGACUAGUAUCUUGUGGACAAAGCUGAACAAAUCUCUCAUUUCUGACACCAUGUUUAAGAUAUGUAAUCUUGAGGAAGGAAUUGGUUAUGAAUUCAGAGUAUAUGCUGAGAAUAUUGUUGGUAUUGGCAGAGCAAGCAAGGUUUCAGACAGCUUUGUUGCUCGUGAUCCAUGUGAUCCUCCUGGUACUCCAGAAGCUAUUUCUAUUUCAAAGAACCAUGUGGUAAUACAAUGGACAAAACCUCAAUAUGAUGGUGGCAGCAAAGUGACAGGAUACAUUGUUGAAAAGAAGGACUUACCUGAAGGCCACUGGAUGAGGGUCAACUUUACCAAUGUGAUUGAGACGGAAUUCACAAUCACUGGCUUAACAGCAGACCAACGGUAUGAAUUCAGAGUCAUAGCAAGAAAUGCUGCUGGCAUUUUCAGCGAGCCAUCUGACAGCACUGGCCCAAUAACCACAACAGAUGAAAUUGAACCUCCAAGUGUUUCAAUGGAUCCUAAGUACCAGGAUGUCAUUGUUGUCAUUGCUGGAGAGAAUUUAGUGCUCAAUGCUGAUAUUCAUGGAAAACCUGUUCCUGAUGUUCAAUGGCUAAAAGAAGGAAAGGAAAUGGGUAAGACACUACGCAUUGAAACAAAAACAACACAGAAAUGUGCCACUAUUACUGUCAAAGACUGCACACGAUUGGACUCUGGCCAUUAUGACCUAGUAUUAAGAAAUAGUGGUGGCACAAAAACAAUUCCCAUUACUGUGCGGGUUCUUGAUAGGCCCGGCCCUCCAACUGGACCACUAAAUGUAACUGGUAUAAUGUCUGAUACAUGUGAUCUGAUUUGGGCUGAGCCUUCUCAGGAUGGUGGAGCUAAUAUUUCUCACUACAUUCUUGAGAAGAGAGAAACCAGCAGGUUAUCAUGGACUUUGGUUGAUUCAAAUAUUCACACUACCUGCUACAAGGUGACAAAGCUCCUGGCAGGUGAUGAAUAUAUUUUUAGAGUUAAGGCUGUCAAUAAAUAUGGAAAUAGUGACCCCCUGGAGUCUGCAGCAAUUAUUGCCUGCAAUCCAUACAAGCCACCAAAUGCACCAUCAACACCAGAAGCAAGUGAAAUAACAAAAGAUUCUAUGCUUCUAUCAUGGAAAGCCCCAGACACUGAUGGUGGAACUGAAAUUAUUGGUUAUCACCUUGAGAAACGUGACAAAGAUGGUGUAAGAUGGACGAAGUGCAACAGACAGAAGCUUUCAGACUUGUACUUUAAAGUAACUGGUCUUUCAGAGGGGCAUUUCUAUGAAUUCCGUGUGGCUGCAGAGAAUGCUGCUGGUGUGGGAGAGCCAAGUGACCUAUCUCUGUUCUAUAGAGCAAUAAAUGCAACAACUCCUCCUGGUCCACCGCAUCAUCCUAAAGUAACAGAUCAUACAUCCUCAUCUGUGUCUCUUGCUUGGGGUAAGCCAGCUACAGAUGGUGGGGCAUAUAUCAAAGGUUAUAUUGUUGAGAUGAAAGAGGUCUCUGCAGAAGAAUGGACCAUGUGUACACCCCCAAGUGGUUUACUGGCAACAUGCAUAACAGUAGAAAACCUUAAAGAAAAUGCUGAGUAUAACUUCCGGGUGUGUGCCUUUAAUUCAGAAGGAGUUGGUGAACCCGCUGAUGUCCAUGGAUCUGUGAGUGCUACUGAAAGAACUGAGACACCAGAAAUUGAACUUGAUGCAAAUCUUAGAAAAGUUGUCUCUGUUCGUGCAGGAGGAACACUUCGUCUAUUUAUUAAAAUUAGAGGUAGACCUGAACCAUCUGUCAAAUGGGAGAGAGAAGAGGGGGCUUUAACUGAGAGAGCGAUGAUUGAAACUACUAGUUCAUACACAAUGCUUGUAAUUGACAAUGUCCAUAGAUUUGACAGUGGGAAAUAUGUUUUAUCUCUUAAUAAUAAAAGUGGAACAAAGUCAGCAUUUGUAAAUGUCAGGGUGCUUGACUCGCCAAGUGCGCCACAGAAUUUUGAUGUCAAAGAAGUUAAGAAAGAUUCAGUCACUCUCUACUGGGAACCUCCUCUUACUGAUGGUGGAGCCAAAAUAACCAAUUACAUUGUGGAAAAGCGAGAAUCUACAAGGAAAGCUUACACAACUGUCACAAGUAACUGCACGCAAAAUUUCUUCAAGAUAGAUGAUCUUCAAGAGGGAGGAAUAUUCUACUUCCGAGUGUGUGCGGUUAAUGGGUAUGGCUUUGGUCUGAUGACUGAAACAAAAAAUCCAGUCAAGAUUGCACAGGUCCCUAUGUCCCCAGGAAAGGUAACUCUUGUGGAUGUUACCAAGAACAGUGUGACUCUCACGUGGAUGAAACCUUCACAUGAUGGUGGUAGUAAAGUUAUUUGUUACAAUGUAGAGAUGCAGUCAAAGAGCACAGACAAAUGGGUUGCGUGCUGUACAGUAAAAGUUCCAGAGGCUACUGUGUCUAACCUUACACAUGGUGAAAUGUACUCGUUCAGGGUAAUUGCACUGAAUGAGAAAGGCAAGAGUGAACCCCAAGAACUUGGUGUGCCUGUUUGUGCUAAAGACAUAGAGAUAGAGCCUUCAAUUAAUCUGCUCUUUAACACUUACAGUGUUAAGGCUGGAGAUGACCUUAUUAUUGAAGUUCCUGUAAGAGGAAGACCUAAGCCAGUGGUUUCUUGGAAAAAGGAUGACCUACCUCUUAAGCAAACAACUUCUCUCUCAAUAACAAAUACCUUGGUAUCAAGCAAGAUCGUAAUCAAACAAGCUUCUAUUGAGCAUGUUGGGAAAUAUGAAAUCACCCUAGCUAAUACAGCUGCCACCAUUUCCAAAGAUGUUAAUGUUGUGGUUCUUGACAAGCCAGGCCCACCAGCUGCAGUAAAGAUCGAUGCUGUGACUGCUGACUCCAUUACACUAUCAUGGUCUCCCCCUGAAUAUGAUGGGGGAUGCUCCAUUAACAACUACAUAGUUGAGAAGAGGGAUACCAACACAACAGUCUGGCAGAUUGUUUCAUCAAACAUUGCCAGAAAUUCAGUCAAGGUAUCUCGACUGACUCAUGGUUCUGAAUACCAGUUCCGUAUAUAUGCAGUGAACCGCUAUGGAAAGAGUAAGUCAAUUGACUCUCCUGGAAUUACAGCAGAAUAUACAUUCAAGCAACCUGGGCCACCUGCUACUCCCCAUGUGGCUCAUGCUACCAAGUCUUUCAUGGUUGUGACAUGGAAUGAACCAGUUAAUGAUGGAGGUAGCACAGUUCUUGGUUAUCACUUGGAACGCAAAGAGCGAAGUAGUAUUCUGUGGACAAAGGUUAAUAGGAUUCUCAUCAAAGAUACUGAAUUUAAAGUGACUGGCCUUGAAGAGGGUAUGUUCUAUGAGUUCCGGGUAUAUGCUGAAAACAUUGCUGGCAUUGGAAAGGUCAGCAAAGUCAGUGAGUCUAUAGCUGCUAGAGAUCCAUGUGAUCCUCCUGGUCAACCAGUGGUUACCAGCAUUACUAGAUCUUCUGUCUCGCUCUCUUGGACAAAGCCUGAAUAUGAUGGAGGUGCCAAAGUUACAGGUUACACCAUUGAACGUAGAGAUUUUCCAGAUGGCCGCUGGAUGAGAUGCAACUUUACCAAUGUUCCUGAAACAUUCUUUGAUGUUACUGGUCUUACUCAAGAUCAGCAAUAUGAUUUCCGAGUGACUGCAAAGAAUUCAGCUGGACUGUUUAGUGAGCCAUCAGAUAACACAGGCCCUAUCACAGUUAAAGAUGAUGUAGAGCCACCACGAAUUAUGAUGGAUGUCAAAUUUAGAGAUGUUGUUGUUGUAAAAGCAGGAGAGGCCCUAAAGAUCAGUGCUGACAUUGCUGGACGCCCGCUACCAGUGGCAUCAUGGACAAAGGAUGGAAAAGAGAUUCAGCUUAAAACAAAAAUUCAAAUAUCUACAACAGAUACUAGCACUAUGGUAGUAGUAAAAGAUUGCAUAAGGAGUGACUCUGGAAAGUAUGCAUUAACAUUACAGAAUGUCGCUGGUACAGUAACAAUGCCCGUGCAAUGUGUGAUUCUUGACAAGCCUGGACCUGCAGCAGGACCUUUGUCAGUAACUGAGCUCACAGCACAGGACUGCACACUGUCAUGGGGACCACCACAAGAAACUGGUGGUGCAGAAAUUACACAUUAUGUUGUAGAGAAAAGAGAGACUAGUAGUUUGGCAUGGACAAUUGUACAAGGAGAGGUGAAAACUAAAACAUGCAAGGUCACAAAGCUCCUUAAAGGCAAUGAAUACAUAUUCAGAGUUUUGGCUGUAAAUAAAUUUGGACUUGGUGAACCUCUUGAAAGUGAACUUGUCAAAGUCACUGAUCUAUUCACCUUUGCAGCACCACCGACAAGUGUUGAAAUAACAAAUAUAUCCAGUGAGGAGAUGACUGUAACUUGGGCUAAGCCUGCUUCUGAUGGAGGCAGUGAAAUAAUAGGCUAUGUGAUUGAACGACAUGAGAAAUCAAGCCUGCGAUGGAUCAGAGUCAACAGGGAGCUUGUAAAAGAAGAAAGAGCUGUAGUAUCAAAACUAAGAAAAGGAUGUGAAUAUGAAUUUAGAGUAUUUGCAGAGAAUGCUGCAGGGUUAAGUCCUCCUAGUGAGGCAUCGGCUCCAGCUGUGGCAAAGGAUGCUUUACUUGUGCCAAACCCACCAUCCAAACCGAAGGUUCUUGAUUACACAAAGAGUUCAAUUACAAUUACCUGGAACAAGUCAUUGUCAGAUGGAGGAACACCAAUCCUUGGAUACAGAGUGGAAUACAAGAAACCAGAGGAUGAGGAAUGGUCUGUUUCCACUCAGAUGACAAAGAGCACAGAGUUCAGUGUAUCUGGUCUUACAGCUGAUCUAGAAUAUAUAUUUGCCAUUAAAGCUAUAAACAAAGUAGGCCUGAGUGAGCAAUCUCCAGUUUCUGAACCACAGGUAGCAACAGACAGAAAGGAGGAACCAGUAUUUGAUGUUGACAUUGAAAUGAGGAAAACACUGAUUGUUAAGCAUGGCAAUUCAUUCACAAUGACAGCACCAUUUAAAGGAGUACCAGUGCCUUCAGUCACCUGGAAUAAAGAAGAUGUUGACCUCAAAUCAAGAGGUACAAUUGAAACAACUGGAAAAUACACAUCACUAACUAUUGAAAAGGCAACGAGAAAUGACUCAGGACAAUACACUGUUACAUUGGACAAUGGUGUUGGAACUGCAACUUUGACAUUGGUUGUCAAAGUACUUGAUUCCCCAGGACCACCUGUUAAUGUGAAGAUUAAAGAUGUGACAAAAGGUUCUGCAACAGUUACCUGGGAGGUCCCAGAGAAUGAUGGGGGUGAUCCUGUAAAAGCCUAUCAUAUCGAAAAACGUGAAGCUAGCAAAAAGGCCUGGGUGUGUGUAACAAAUAACUGCCACAAUCUGGUCUAUAAGGUAGAGGGCUUGCAAGAGGGUGCAAUCUACUACUUCAGAGUCAUUGGAGAGAAUGAAUUUGGUAUGGGUGUACCAGCGGAAACAAAAGAUGCAACUAAAAUAACAGAAAUACCAAGCACACCUGCCAGACUUGGAGCAGCUGAAGUAACAAAAGACAGCGUUAAAUUAGUAUGGUCAAAACCAGAGUUUGAUGGUGGAAGCAGAAUUACAGGCUACCUCAUUGAUGCUCUUGAAAAGGGACAGCAAAAGUGGGUGAAGUGUGCUACUGUAAAAACCAAUACUCACAUAAUCAAAGGUUUGCGAGAAAAUGCAGAGUACUUCUUCAGAGUGCGUGCUGAAAAUCAUGCAGGACUCAGUGAUCCAAAGGAAAUGAUCAUUCCUGUGAUUGUAAAAGAUCAACUCAAUGCCCCUGAAUUUGAUAUGAAGAACUUCCCACACAACACUGUUUAUGUGAGGGCAGGAUCAAAUCUGAAGUUUGAGCUUCCUCUCACUGGCAAGCCCAUGCCAAAGGUGGCAAUGACAAGAAACAAUGUUCCAGUGAGGUGUGGAAAGAGAUUUAGCUUUGAUGUAACACCUGAGAGUCUUAAUAUCAGCCUCAAAGAAAGUAUUGCAAGUGAUGCUGGAAGAUAUGACAUUGUUGCCUCAAAUACCAGUGGAACAACCAAGAUGUUCAUUAAUAUGCUGGUGUUAGAUAGACCAGGUCCUCCAGUUGGUCCAGUUGAAAUCAGUGAUGUUGGAGAAACAUCACUGUGCCUAAAAUGGUUACCACCUGUAUACGAUGGAGGUAGCCCAGUGACCAACUAUGUUGUGCUCAGACGUGAAACAAGCACACCAGCUUGGGUAGAGGUCUCAUCAACACUUGCAAGGAAUGCAAUUAAAGUCACUAAAUUAACAAAGGGAGAAGGAUACCAAUUCAGAAUAAAAGCAGAGAAUCGCCUUGGUAUUAGUGAUCACAUUGACUCUCAAUCUGUCACUGUGAAACUUCCCUACACAAUUCCUGGACCACCAUCAACACCAUGGGUGAGCUUUGUUUCAAGAGAAAGUCUUACAGUUUGCUGGAAUGAACCAGUAGUAGAUGGAGGAAAUACAGUAUUUGGAUACCAUGUCCAAAUGAAAGAAAGAAGCAGCAUUCUAUGGCAGAAAGUGAACAAGACAGCAACCCCUGCUAAUCAAAUUAGGGUGACAAACAUAUGCCCGGGUACGAUUUAUGAAUUCAAGGUUGCUGCAGAAAACGCGGCUGGUAUUGGUAAAUUCAGCAAGACAUCAGAAGAAGUACUUGCUAUUGAUGCUUGUGAACCUCCUGCAAAUGUGAGAAUCUCUGAGAUUACGAAGAACUCAGUUAGCCUUGUCUGGCAGAAGCCUCCCUUUGAUGGUGGAUGUAAGAUCACUGGCUACAUGGUUGAGAGAAGAGAUGCUCCAAAUGGCAGAUGGACAAAGGCUAACUUUACAAAUGUUAUUGAGACAAAAAUCACUUUGUCAGGCUUGACACAAGAUCAGUCAUAUGAAUUUAGGGUCUUUGCCAAAAAUGCAGCUGGGUCUGUGAGUAAUCCAUCUCUUAUUGCUGGACCAGCAACUUGUGUGGACAUUUCUGGUGCCCCAGUAAUCGAACUGCCACCCGAGUACCUAGAUGUUGUGCAAUAUAAAGCUGGAGCUUCUGUUAAGAUAACACUGGGAAUUAUAGCUAAGCCAUUGCCCAAAAUUGAAUGGUUUAAGGAUGGAAAGGAAUUAGUGUCAAGUUCGCAGCUAUCAAUUGAGAGCACUACUGAUUCAUCUGGCAUUCUUAUCAAGGAUACAACUCGUCUUAACAGUGGGACAUAUGAAAUAAAGACCAAGAAUGUGUUUGGCACAGCUUCUGCCUCCAUUAGAUUGUCGAUUCUAGACAAACCAGGCCCUCCAGCAGGAAGUAUUCAAUUCAAAUCAGUGACUGCUGACAAAAUAGUAAUAGCUUGGGAGUCAGUAUCAGAUGACGGAGGUUCCAGAGUCACCCAUUAUAUUGUGGAAAAACGAGAGACGGGUAGAGGUGUAUGGGCUACUGUUUCUGACUGUAUAGAGGAACGCACAGUUUCUGUCCAGAAGUUGGUCAGAGGAGGUGAAUAUGUCUUCCGUGUCAGAGGUGUCAACAAAUAUGGAGCUGGAGAUCCUCUUGAAUCUGAACCAAUAAUUGCCAAGAAUGCAUUUGUCACUCCUGGACAACCUACAACACCAGAGGCAACAGAAAUCACUAGAACAUCCAUGAAAAUUAUAUGGAAUAAACCAGGAGUGGAUGGUGGUAGCAUGGUUACAGGCUUCUAUUUACAGAGACGUGACAAGAAGAAUCUGCGCUGGAUUAAAAUCUGCAAAGACCCAAUUUGUGAAACCACAGCAAAAGUCUAUCACCUAACUGAAGGAAAUGAAUAUCAGUAUCGUGUGUGUGCAAUCAACAAAGCCGGAGAAGGUCCAUUCUCAGAUGCUUCUGACUUUUAUAAAGCAGCUGACCCUGUUGAUAUACCUUCUGAGCCUACUAAACUCAAAGUUGUUGAUUCGACUAAAACUUCAAUUACUCUUGGAUGGUCCAGCCCAGAGUAUGAUGGAGGCAGUGAAAUUACUAGCUACAUUGUGGAAAAAAGGGUUGGUGAGGAAGGAGAAUGGGUAGUCAUAAGUAAAAAAGGUGAAGUCAGAACAGUUGAGUAUGUUGCUUCAGAUCUUGUGCCAGAAGUUGACUACUACUUCCGUGUAUCUGCUAUGAAUUGUGCUGGUCGUGGAGACCCAAUAGAGAUGGAGGAACCAGUCCAGGCUAAAGAUAUUCUUGAGGAAGCUGAUAUUGACAAAGAUGUUGCAAUGAGAACUCAUUACAUUGUCAAAGCUGGAAAAGAUGUUGAGAUCAUGGUUCCGCUAAAAGGCAGACCUGCUCCAAUUGUUUCCUGGAAGAAAGAAGACCAGAACAUUGAUAAUGACCCUAAAUAUGAUAUACAUAACACAGAUACUUCAUCGUGCCUUGUACUGUCACAUGUAACCCGUAAUGAUAGUGGCAAAUACACUAUUGAGAUAACAAAUGGAGUAGGACAACCAAAAUCGUUGACAUUAUCUGUGAAAGUACAGGACAGUCCUUCUGCCUGUAGAAAUUUGGUUCUAAAAGAGGUCACUCGUGGCAAAGUGAUCUUAUGCUGGGACUCUCCACUCCUUGAUGGUGGUUCAGAAAUUACUAACUAUGUAGUUGAGAAAAGAGACUCUUCAAAGCGCACAUAUGCUGCUGUAACCAACAAAUGCAUGGAAACAACAUAUGAAAUUGACGAACUCUCUGAGAAGAUAUCAUACUUUUUCCGUGUGUCAGCAGAAAAUGAGAAUGGAGUUGGUGAGCCAUGUGAGACAGCAGAGCCAGUUAAAGCUACUGAGAAACCUGGACCUGUCAAAGAUCUUGCUAUGAAAGACUCUACAAAAACGUCUGUGACACUACAGUGGAAUAAACCAGAUUAUGAUGGUGGUAGCAUUAUUACUGAUUACAUAAUUGAGAAAAAACUUCAAGGACAAGAAGAAUGGGCUCCUGCUGGAACAAACAAGCAUUGUGAACAUGAGGUCACAAAACUUAAGGAACUCACAGACAUAUUUUUUAGAGUCUGCUCAAAGAAUGAGAAGGGCAACAGUGACUUUACUGAGAUCGGGCCAAUUAAAGUAAAGGACUAUAUCAUUCCACCAGAGGCAAGCCUAGAGGAGUAUUCCGAUGGACAGGUCAGCGUUCGCAUGGGUCACAAUGUACAUAUUGAGCUUCCAUACAAAGGAAAACCAAGACCAUCAGUUACUUGGCUAAAGGACAAUUUGCCACUGAAAGAGAGUGAAAAGGUUCGCUUCAAGAAGACAGAGAACAAGGCAACCCUUAUGAUAAAGAAUGUGGAAAAAGAGAAUGGUGGUAAAUAUACCCUUACACUUGACAACGCCAUCAACAGGAAGUCAUUCCAUAUACAGGUCAUUACUCUUGGGGCACCAUCCAGACCCAUUGGUCCAGUUCGUUUGGAUGAAGUUAGAGCAGAAAGUAUAAGGAUAUCCUGGGACAAACCCAAUGAUGAUGGUGGUGGAGAAAUCACCUGCUAUAGUGUUGAGAAACGUGACACCUCUCAGGCUGAUUGGAAGAUGGCUUGUUCAAGUGUUAUAGGAACUACAUUCUGUGUAGCAAAUUUAAUCAAAGGAACUCAGUAUCAAUUCAGAGUAUGUGCAGAAAACAGGUAUGGUGUGAGUGAGCCUCUGAUUUCACAAAAUGUCAUCGCCAAGCACGAGUUUAGACCUCCAGGAGCACCUGGCAUGCCAUUUGUCUAUAAUGUCACUAAUGAUGGCAUGACUAUUCAGUGGGAAGCACCUAUAUUUGAUGGUGGCUGCCCGGUACUUGGUUACCACAUUGAAAAGAAAGAAACAAACAGCAUCAUGUGGCAAAAGGUCAACCUUGUCUUGGUGACUGCAAAGGAAUAUAGAAUUACUGGCCUUAUUGAAGGUCUGCAAUACCAGUUCAGGGUUUAUGCUCAAAAUGAUGCUGGAUACAGUCGUAUGAGUGAUGAGAGCAAACCAACUACGGCUGUUUCUCCUGUUGAUCCUCCUGGAACCCCUGACUAUGUUGAUGUAACAAGUGAAUCUGUGAAACUGAAAUGGGAUGCACCUAAAAGAGAUGGUGGAAGCAAAAUUGUCUCCUACAAUAUUGAGAAACGCCAGGGCCAGGGUCGCUGGUUGAAGACAAACUUUACAGAUGUAACUGAAACAGAGUUUAUAGUGACUGGUCUAACUUGUGGUGAACGAUAUGAAUUUAGAAUUGUAGCAAGGAAUGCCAUUGGCACCAUGAGCCCACCUUCUCAGUCUUCUGGCUAUGUUCUCAUCAGAGAUGAAAGCUCCGCACCAAACAUUGAAUUUGGACAGGAGUACUUUGAAGGGGUUUCCAUCAAAGCCGGAGAAAACAUCAAGCUUAAAGCCACAAUUACAGGAAGACCAACACCCAAGAUCAAAUGGUUCAGGGAUGACGUUGAACUAACUAAGAAGAUGGUAGAUAUCACAACAACUGCAGGCAUAAGCACCCUCUUUAUUAGAGAUGCUGAUCGCUCUCACCGUGGGGUCUAUGCAAUAGAAGCCAAGAACCACUCUGGAACCAAGAAAGAGCAAAUUAAAGUUGAAGUCUUUGAUACACCUGGAGAACCUGUUGGACCCAUUGUCUUCACAAAUAUCUCAGAGGGCAAAGUCACAUUUUCAUGGAAUCCACCAGAAAAUGAUGGCUGCUCUGAAGUCACUCAUUAUAUUAUUGAGAGGCGAGAGACUUCCAAAAUUUCCUGGACAUUAGUUACAGAUCACUGUGAGGAGUGUACCUACAAUGCUACCAAACUAAUCAAGACCAAUGAAUACCAGUUCCGUGUGUCUGCUGUUAACAUGUUUGGGUCCAGUAGACCACUGGACUCCGCUCCUGUCAUUGCCCAAAUGCAAUAUACCGUUCCAGACUCUCCUGGUACUCCUGAUGCCACCAGUGUUGAUGGAGAGAGUAUUACAAUCAGCUGGACUGCACCAACAAAUGAUGGAGGAAAUGCAAUCAAGUAUUACAUUGUUGAAAGACGCGAGAAGAAAACUGGCCGUUGGGUGAAGAUCUUGACUAGGAAACCAAUUACUGAGGUUGCCCAUAGAGUAACUCAUCUCACUGAGAAUGUGGAAUAUGAAUUCCGUGUUUACGCUGUCAAUGAUGCUGGAGUUGGAGCACCAAGUAAUAUUUCGUUGCCAAUUAAAUGCGCAGAGCCAACCGAAGUACCAGAUGGUCCUUCAAUUGUAAAUGUUACUGAUACCACCAACACAACUGUUAGUCUGGAAUGGACCAGACCUGGUUAUGAUGGUGGCAUGGAAGUCCAGGGAUACAUCAUUGAGGUUUGCAAGGAAACUGAAAAAGAAUGGCAUAGAAUAAAUGAAGAUCUUUGUACUUUCACAAAGUACACUGCCACUGGUUUGGAAACAGGUGCAAAGUACAAGUUCCGCAUUAUUGCAAUUAAUGCAGUUGGAAAGGGUGAACCUAAAGAGAUCCUUGAACCAGUACAAGCAGUAGAUAGACUGUAUGCACCAGAGAUUGAUAUUGAUGCAAGCUUCCAACAGACACACAUUGUGAAACAGGGUGGAAGUGUAUGUCUCCGUGUAGCUUUUAAAGGAAAGCCAGCACCUACAGCCUCAUGGAUAAAAGUGGAAGGAGAAUUUGGGGUAAAUGCUGAUGUAACUACCACAGAGACCUUCACUCAUUUAACACUGGGAAAGUGUACACGAAAUGACAAUGGAAAAUACACUCUCACUCUUGAGAACAGCAGUGGUAGCAAAUCCAUCACUUUUACCGUUAAAGUGCUGGACACACCUGGAGCACCAGGUCCUCUCAUGUUCAAGGAUGUUACAAGAGGUGCCCUUACACUUAUGUGGGAGCCCCCAGUCAAUGAUGGUGGUGCACGUAUUCAUCACUAUGUUGUGGAGAAACGUGAGGCUAGCCGGCGUACAUGGACAGAAGCAGCACCAAAGUGCACACAAACAAAUUUAAGAAUUUCUGAGCUCCUAGAAGGAGUGCCCUACUUCUUUAAGGUAAUGGCAGAAAAUCAGUAUGGCAUUGGUGAGGCUUAUGAAAUGCCUGAUCCAAUUAUUGCCACUGCUGAACCAGCUACACCCAAGAGACUGGACAUUAUUGAUACCACUGAUACAACAGUUACUCUUGCCUGGAUGAAGCCUGAACAUGAUGGUGGCAGCCGUAUCACAGCUUAUUGUGUGGAGGUUAAAACAAAGGGAACAGAUAAAUGGGUUGUUGGAGGGUCAACCAAAAACCUAAGUCUUGUUAUUGAGAGCUUAACUACAGGUACAGAGUAUGAAUUCAGAGUCAAAGCAAAGAAUGAUGCAGGUUACAGUGUUCCAAAAGAGGCUCUCACUUCUGUUGUUGUUAAAGAGCCCCGUAUUGAGCCAACUGCUGAUCUCAGUGGCAUUAGCAACCAGCUUAUCACCUGCAAGUCUGGCAGUUCAUUUGAAAUUGAUGUUCCAUUUAGUGGCAGACCAGCACCAAAUGUUAUCUGGAAGCUUGAGGAAAUGAGACUAAAGGAAACAGAUAGAGUCUCAAUCAAGACAAGCAAAAAUAGGACCAUUUUGACAGUUAGAGAAAGUAUGCGUGGUGAUGGAGGAAGGUACUUCCUUACCCUUGAGAAUGUGGCUGGAACUAAGACUUUCACUGUCAUUGUCAAUGUUAUUGGCAGACCCAGUCCUCCAGAGGGGUCUAUUGAGAUUUCUGCAAUUACUGCUGAGUCUUGUGAAUUGACAUGGAAUGGUCCUGAGGAUGAUGGUGGAGCUGAAAUAACAAACUACAUUGUUGAGAAGCGUGAGUCUGGCUCAACAGCCUGGCAGCUUAUCAACUCUAGUGUGAAACGAAGAUCAUUCCAUGUUUCACAUCUAACAAAGUACAUGCAGUACACAUUCCGUGUCUCUGCAGAAAACAGAUUUGGUGUGAGCAAACCAACUGAGUCUGAAACCAUUGUUGCAGAGCAUCCAUUUGUUCCAUCAGGACCUCCAACUAGACCAGAAGUGUUUACUGUUACUGCUAACAGCAUGAGCAUUCGUUGGGAGGAGCCAUACCAUGAUGGUGGUAGUAAGGUCACUGGGUACUGGAUUGAGAAAAAGGAACGUAACACUAUUCUCUGGGUCAGAGAAAACACCAUUCCCUGUUUUGAGUGUUACUACAAGGUCGAUGGCCUUAUUGAAGGUCUUGAGUACCAAUUCAGAGUGUAUGCUAUGAAUAGUGCUGGGCUCAGCAAAGCAAGUGAAGCCUCAAAGAGAGCUGUAGCUCAAAAUCCAGUCGAUCCCCCAGGCAAGCCAGAAGUAACUGAUGUGUCGAGAUCAUCAGUGUCUAUUAAAUGGUCUGUGCCUCUGAAUGAUGGUGGAAGCCCAAUUGUUGGUUACAUUGUUGAGCGUAAGCCAUAUACUGUCUCUGGAGAGGGUAGAUGGCUGAAGUGUAAUUACACUAAUGUUACUGACACAAACUUCACCAUUACUGCACUGGGAGAAGGAGAAGUAUAUGAGUUCCGUGUGAUUGCAAAGAAUGCUAACGGCGUGCUCAGUAUGUCAUCAGUUUCAACCGGAGCAGUGACCUGCAAGGCUGAAUACACACCUCCAAAAGCAGAAUUGGAUAGCAAGCUUCUUGUGGACACCGUUACUGUCAGAGCAGGGUCAGACCUUGUUCUUGAUGCUGCUGUUGGUGGAAAACCUGAACCAAAAGUGUGCUGGGCCAAGGGACAGAAGGAGCUAGACUUUUGUGAGAAAUAUACUUUACAGUAUACUAGCUCCCGUGCUCUGGCGAUUAUCAAGUUUUGUGACAGAGAUGAUACUGGAAAGUAUGUUCUGACAGUGAAGAAUGCCAGUGGAACCAAAACAGCUGAAGUCAAUGUGAAGGUGCUUGACACACCGGGCCCAUGCCAGGAGAUAAAAGUAAGCAAUGUAACUGAAGAGAAAUGCACAUUGUCAUGGAAAGAGCCACUAGAGGAUGGCGGUGACCCCAUUACACAUUUUAUUGUGGAGAGGAGGGACACUAACAGACUGAACUGGGUCAUCUUUGAUGCUGAAUGCAAGACCCUUGUAUGUAACAUAACUAGACUUUUCAAGAAUAAUCAAUACAUUUUCCGUGUCAGAGGUGUAAACAAAUAUGGAGCUGGUGUGCCACUGGUAUCAUCACCCAUCUUUGCAAGAAACUCCUUUACUGUUCCAUCACCUCCGGGAGCAUCAGAAAUUAUUGCAGUUGGUAAAGACUUUGCAACAAUUGAGUGGCUAAAACCUGAAAAUAAUGGUGGUAGUGAAAUCAUAAACUACCUGAUUGAAAAGAAAGAGAGAAAAAGCAUUAGAUGGAUCAAGGUUAAUAAAGACACUAUAGUCAAGGACACAACCUUCAAAGUUACCGGUCUACAGGAGGGAAGCAUUUAUCAGUUCCGUGUUACUGCCAUUAAUGCUGCUGGAGAAAGCGAGCCUAGUGAAGUGUCCAUGUAUGCAGUGUGCCGAGUACCAUCAGACAAACCAGGUGCUCCGUCAAUUCCACGCGUAACAGAUACUCACAAGGACAGCAUUAGUCUGGCCUGGACAAGACCCAUAGAAGAUGGAGGUGCCGAUGUUAUUGGUUACAUUCUUGAAAUGCAGGAAUCAGGCACAGAUGAAUGGAUCAAGUCCCACGAAAAGACUCUUAGAGUCACAGAACAUACUGUGAUAGGUUUGAAAACUGGCAAAAAGUACUGCUUCCGAGUUGCUGCAGUCAAUGUGAAUGGAGCAGGUGACUAUAGUGACCCAUGUACUGAAGUAGAGCCAGUUGAAAGAAUUGAAUUACCUGAUCUCGAGCUUCCUGAUGACUUAAAGAAGACGAUAUGCCUCAGAGCUGGAAGCUCACUGCGUCUUCAUGUAACUGUUAUGGGAAGACCAGUUCCAGCUAUCACCUGGAGCAAGCCUGGUGUGGAUCUCCAAAACCGGGGAUUCAUUGAAGUGACAGAUGCUGCGACAACUCUUAUCAUUGACAAGGUGCACCGCUAUGAUGCCGGAAAAUACACCCUUGAAGCCUCUAAUUCAGCUGGCAAGAAGGAUGCUAGCAUUCUUGUCAAGAUCUAUGAUACUCCUGGUCCACCAGGCCCCAUCAAAAUAAAGGAGCUCACAACAGAGUCUGCUCACAUUACAUGGGAUGCCCCUGAGGUUGAUGGUGGAGCACCUGUUAACAAUUAUAUCCUUGAGAGAAGAGAGACAUCAAUGAGAGCCUACAAAACAGUUACUUCCAAAUGCAGCAAAACAUCAUAUAAAAUUACAGGACUGUUAGAGGGAAUACACUAUUACUUCAGAGUACUGCCUGAAAACAUCUAUGGCAUAGGUGAACCUGUUGAGACACAAGAUGCUGUUUUAGUGUGUGAAGUGCCACUGCCUCCAGCUAAACUUGACAUUAUAGAUAUCACAAAGUCAUCUAUUACUCUUGGGUGGGAGAAACCUAAACAUGAUGGAGGAAGCAGAAUCAUUGGCUACAUUGUUGAAGCUUGCAAGGCUGGUACAGAUAAAUGGAUGAAGGUUGCUUCUUUAAAAUUAACAGACUUUGAAUACACCAUUGAAAAACUGAAUGAAAAUGAGCAGUACCUAUUCAGGGUGCGUGCACUUAACAGCAGAGGUAGUAGUGAACCCAAAGAAAUUGUUACUCCUGUAACAGUACAAGAACAAAGAGUUAUGCCAAAGGUUGAUCUAUCAAGUAUUCCACAAAAGAUGAUCAGUGUUUUGGCAGGCAAACCCCUUGAACUUAAUUUGCCAAUCAUUGGAAGGCCACCUCCAGUUUCCUCCUGGUACUUUAAUGAUAAUAAGCUGAAGAUACAGGAACGUGUGAAGAUUCAGUCUACUAGGAAAUUCUCUAGGUUAACUGUUCUGAACACCACAAUUGAUGAUACUGGAGAAUACACCCUUGAACUAAAGAAUAUUGUUGGAAUUACUGAAGAGAAGUUUAAAGUAAUCAUUCUUGACAAACCUGAUCAGCCUAAUGGACCUAUUCGUUUUGAUGAGAUUGAUGCAACCUCUGUUACAAUAAGCUGGGACCCACCAGAAAGAGAUGGAGGUGCUCCUGUAUCUAAUUAUGUAGUUGAACAACGUGAUGCUCAUCGUCCAGGAUGGGUACCAGUUUCUGAAUCAGUCAGCAGGCCAACCUUUAAAUUUGACAGGCUAACAGAGGGAGAUGAGUAUGUCUUCCGUGUCUCAGCCGUCAAUCGCUACGGUGCUGGAGACGUCUUGCAGUCAGAAAUUGUGGAAUGCAGGAGUCUUAAAUCCAUUCCUGGACCACCUGGCCGCCCAAUAGUUUUUGAUGUGUCUCGGGAUGGGAUGACCAUUGCUUGGGAACCACCAGAUGAGGACGGUGGCUUGGAGAUAUCUGGCUACAUCAUUGAGCGUAAGGAGGUCAGAGCUGACAGAUGGGUUCGUGCUAAUAAAAACCCUGUGACAAUGACAAGAUACAGAUCCACUGGUCUUAUCGAGGGCCUGGAAUAUGAGCACAGAGUCACUGCCAUCAAUGCUAGAGGUGUUGGCAAACCCAGUCUUCUCUCGAAACCAGCUGUGGCAACUGAUCCAGUUGAUCCACCUGGCUCACCUCAGAACCCGAGAUUAACAGAGACUACUAAAACAUCUGUGUCUUUGGCCUGGAAUCCACCUGAUGAAGAGGGUGGCUCUAAAAUUACUGGUUACCUAAUAGAGAUGCAGAAGGUUGGUUCUGUAGCUUGGAUGAAGUGCAAUUCUACACCUACAAUGAUUUGUGAAUACACCUUGACAAAAAUGCCUCAAGGCGAGGAAUUCAGAUUCAGAGUCUUGGCUUGUAAUGCUGGUGGACCAGGCGAACCUGCUGAAGUGCCAAGAACAGUCACUGUGACAGAGAUGCUUGAACCUCCGAGCCAUGAUCUUGAGGCUAAGUACAAAGAUAUAUUUGUUGUCCGACAUGGAGCAGUCAUCAAACUUUCAGUUCCUAUAAAAGGCAAGCCAACACCUGUUUGCAAAUGGACAAAGGAUGGCUCAGAUGUCUCUAACCGAGCAAUGAUUGUCUCUGAUGAGGAUGUUUCUGAGCUUGUUAUCAAGGAUGCUGUACGGUCUGACUCUGGUGUUUACAGUCUUCAUCUUGAAAACAAAUGUGGCAAAAAGAUGGUGCAAAUCAAGGUCAAGGUAAUUGGUCGUCCAGCAGCUCCUGAGGGUCCUCUUGGAUUUGGGGAUAUCCAAGCACAUUCUGUAAGAGUGAGCUGGAAGCCACCAAAAGAUGACGGUGGCACAGAAAUCCUUGGAUACAUCGUUGAGCGGCGUGAGGUAACAAAGGCAGCCUGGUAUACUGUGGAUUCCAGAGUGGUUGACACAUCUUUGGUAGUUAAAGGACUACAGGAAAAUGUUGAAUACCACUUUAAGGUGACAGCAGAGAAUAAGUAUGGCAUCAGUGGCUCCCUUAAAUCUGAACAACCGGCUGUACCAAAGACUCCAAUUUGUGUGCCAGAGGCUUCAAGUACACCACCAGAGAUCAUGGAUGUUACUAAGUCCUCUGCUGAUCUCGCUUGGAUUAAACCUAAAGACGAUGGUGGAUCACAAAUCACUGGAUACUUUAUAGAGUAUAAAGAGGUGUCAUCUGACAAGUGGGUUCGCCACGAGACAAAGGUUAUUUCCACCAUGUACACUAUUAGUGGACUCACCGGUGAUGCAGAAUAUCAGUUCCGUGUGAUUGCUGUAAAUGAAAUUGGAGAGAGUGAACCUGGACCUGCAUCAGAUUCAGUCAUAUGCAAAGACCCAUUUGAUAAACCAAGUCAACCAGGGGAGAUAGACACUUCGUCUGUAACUAAAGAUUACAUAACUAUUCGCUGGGAAGCUCCUCAAUGUGAUGGUGGAAAGCCAGUUCUUGGCUACUGGGUUGAGUGCAGAAAAUCAGGGGAGAGCACUUGGAAGAAGUGUAACAGGGACUUAUUAAAAGAGAAACAAUUUACUCAGAGUGGUUUGCAAGAGGCCACUGAAUAUGAAUUUAGAGUAUUUGCUGAAAAUGAAACUGGACUCAGCAGGCCUCGUAGGACUGCAGCAGGGAUUAAAACCAAACUAGGCGCUGGAAGUAAACCAGCCCUCAGAAAAGAGAUGGAUGAAGUUACUGCCAAGCUUGGAGAGACUGCCACUCUAAAAUGUCAAAUUAUUGGAAGGCCUGUCCCAGAAAUUAAAUGGUACAAAGGUGGAAAAGAAAUCAAAGAGGGCCGUAAAUAUGCUGCAACAUCCGAUGGCCGUAACCAUACUUUAACCAUCUCAACAGACCAGCAAGAAGAUGAAGGCUUGUAUACAUGCAAGGCUGUGAAUGAAGCUGGAGAAUGUGAGACCAGUGGAACCUUGGUUCUAGAAGCAGCACCUCAAUUCCCUGUCCCAUUAAAAGACAAAAUCUUUGCAGGAUGUGGUACAACUGUACGUAUUCAUGCUGUGUAUAUAGGUCGUCCCGUACCAAAAAUUAUGUGGCUUCAUGGAGCCAAAACUGUGGAGCCCUCUGAAAAUGUCAUCAUUGAGACCACAGAGCAUUACACUCAUUUGAUUUUAAAGAAUGUCCAACGCAGGGUGAAUGGGGGAAAGUAUAGAAUCAGGAUCAACAACCACUUUGGCUCUGCGGAUACUGUAACACAACUUGAAAUCCUAGACAAACCUUACAUGCCAGAAGGACCUAUUGUUCUUGAAGCUUUAUUGAAGAAUUCUGUGAUAAUAAGUUGGAAGGCAUCAAAAGAUGAUGGUGGAUCAAUGAUAUCAAACUACAUUGUGGAGAAGCGUGAAGACAAAGAGGGUGCUGAGUGGCAACUUGUGUCAUCAUCUAUUUCAGGCACUUCAUGCCGCAUUUCCAAUCUUGUGGAAAAUGAAGGUUACUUCUUCCGCAUUUCAGCACAAAACCGUUAUGGCAUCAGUGAACCAUUGGAGACUCCAUCUGCCAUUCUUAUCAAGAGUCAGUUAGAUAAGCCAGGUGCACCAUUAAAACCAGUUAUAUCUGGAGUGACUAAGACCUCUUGUGUUGUUUCUUGGAAACCACCUCUUAGUGAUGGUGGCUCUAAGAUCAAAAGUUAUUGUCUUGAAAAGAAGGACAAAAAUGAAGGUGAAUGGGUUGCUGUAACCACUGAUGAGAUUCACCAAACAGUUUAUUCUGUAAAAGGGCUUAAAGAAGGUCUGGAGUAUAUUUUCCGCGUGAAAUGUGAAAAUCUUGGUGGAGAGAGUGAAUACAGUGAAGAGUCAGACCUUGUCAUUCCAAGAACUGAUGUUGACGUAUGUGCUCCUGCCUUUAAAGAAGACCUUAGAAAUAUGAGUGUAAAAUACAAUAGCAAUGCAAUAUUUGUUUGCAAGAUAUCAGGACAACCCAAACCUGUGAUCAAAUGGUUCAAGCGCGGUAAAGAAAUUGUGGCAGAUGGAAUAAAACUCAAGAUCCAGGAAUUUAAGGGAGGUUAUCAUCAACUUGUCAUUGCUAAUGCUGAUGAAGAUGAUUCAACAGUCUAUCAGAUCAGAGCAACAAACCAGGGAGGCUCAAUUUCUGCAACUGUUUCUCUUGAUGUUGAAAUACCAGCAAAGAUUCAUUUACCUAAGAACCUACAAGACAAGGAGGCCAUCUGUGCUCUACGUGGUGAAAUGGUGAACAUCAAGAUUCCAUUCAGUGGAAAACCAGAUCCAGUUAUCACAUGGCAGAAGGGACAAGAUCUUCUUGAUAACAAUGGGCACUAUCAAGUCAUCGUCACAAGAUCAUUCACAUCUCUUGUGUUCCCAAAUGGAGUGGAUCAGAAGGAUGCUGGUUUCUAUAUUGUCUGUGCAAAGAACAGAUUUGGGAUUGACCAACAAACAGUCGAACUUGAUGUUGCAGAUGUCCCUGAUCCACCUCGCAGCAUCAAAGCCAGUGAUGUGUCUAGGGAUUCUGUUACACUUAAUUGGGUGGCACCUGCCAGUGAUGGAGGAAGUAGAGUUAGAAACUAUAUUAUUGAGAAGUGUGCCACCACAGCAGAGAGAUGGAUCCGUGUUGCCCAGUCACGUGACACUCAUUACACUGUAACCAACCUGUUUGGAAAAACAAGCUACCAAUUCCGUAUAAUAGCAGAGAACAAAUUUGGCCAGAGUGCUCCAUCUGAACCAAGUGGACCAGUUGUUACAAAGGAAGAUAAAUCAAGAGUUCUUAACUAUGAUGAGGAGGUUGAUGACAGCAGACCUGUCUUUAAGGGUAAAGCUCCUCAUUCAGAGGUUAAGAAUGUACACAACAAAUAUAUGAUUGCUGAAGAGCUUGGCCGUGGACAGUUUGGCAUUGUUCAUCGUUGUGUUGAGAUUAGUUCUGAGAAGACAUUCUUUGCCAAAUUUGUUAAAGUAAAAGGUGCAGAUCAAGCAAUAAUAAAGAAAGAAAUUGCCACACUAAAUGUGGCACGUCAUAAGAACUUCCUGCAGCUGCAUGAAUCAUUCGACAGUCCUGAAGAACUAGUUAUGAUAUAUGAGUUUAUAUCUGGUGUUGACAUAUUCGAGCGUAUUGGCACAGCAAACUUUGAGCUCAAUGAACAUGUAAUUGUUAGUUACAUCAGACAAGUAUGUGAAGCACUUGAGUUUCUACACAGCAAGAGUUAUGGCCAUUUUGAUAUAAGGCCUGAGAAUAUUGUAUACACUACAAGAAGGGGAACUACUAUCAAGAUCAUUGAAUUGGGACAAGUUAGACACCUCACACCUGGAGAACAAAUUAAGAUUCAGUACACAACAGCUGAAUAUUCGGCACCUGAAAUUCAUCAAAAUGAGCUGGUCAGCUCUGUAACAGAUAUGUGGUCUGUUGGUGUCCUUGUAUAUGUUCUCCUGAGUGGCCUCAAUCCUUUUAUUGCUGAAACAAAUCAACAAAUGAUUGACAACAUCUCCAAUGCUGAGUACAGUUUUGAUGAUGAAUCCUUUAAACAGGCAAGUGUUGAGGCAUUAGACUUUAUAGAUCGCCUUCUUACUAAAGACCGUAAACAUCGUAUGACAGCUGCUGAAGCUUUGAAUCAUCCUUGGCUGAUAAUGAACUCAGAGGAACUAAGCAUUAGGUCAAUCAAGGUCACAAGACACAAGAGAUACUACCAAGCUAUGGUGAGAAAAGAAUGGAAUACUGUUGUCUCAUCUGCUCGUAUUGCUAGUGGUGGUGCUAUCAGAAGUCAGAGAGGUGUAACGGUAGCCAAAGCAAAGAUUGCAGCAUUUGAACAUGGUCCAGGUGCCGGGCAAAUUAAACACAGUGUUGCUGAUGAAGGAGAUGAUGUAAAAUUUAUUUGCAACAUUGACAACUAUGAUAACAGUACUGAAGUUACAUGGUACUGUGGAGUUCGGCAACUAGAGGAAAGUGCCAAAUGUGAAAUUACCUAUGAAGAGGGUCUUGCUACAAUCACUAUCAAGAGUAUCAAUAGAUCUGAUGAUGGAACAUACCGAUGCAAAGUGGUCAAUGAAUAUGGUGAAGACAGUGCAUAUGCAGAGCUCUUUGUUAAAGGUGUCAGAGACUAUCGUAGCUUCUACACAGCACGUGUGGUGCGGAAAGUCAAACGCAGAAUUGACACAGCCCGUCUUCUCCAAAGACCUCCAGAGUUCACCCUUCCACUGUGUAAUCGCACUGCUUACUUUGGUGAAACUGUUCGAUUUGGUGUUACCAUUACAGUACACCCUGAGCCACGUGUUUUGUGGCUGAAAUCUGGGCAGAAGAUUUCCCCAGGAGAUGAUGACAAGAAGUAUACUUUUAUAAGUGACAAAGGUCUGUAUCAGUUAGUAAUUCACAACCUUGACUCUGAUGAUGAUACAGAAUACACUGUAGUGGCACGCAACAGGUAUGGUGAUGACAGCUGUAAGGCUCGUCUCACAGUGAUUCCUCGCCCUGCACCUGCUGACAGUACAAUAAGACCCAUGUUCAAGCGCCUACUGGCAAACAUGGAAUGCAAAGAGGGCCAGAGUGUACGCUUUGAGAUCAGAGUAUCAGGAUCACCAUCACUAAAAUGGGAGAAGGAUGGUACUCCUUUGGCAUUUGGUCCCCAGAUUGAAGUUGUUCAUGAGGGUUUGGACUACUUUGUCUUACACAUUAGAGACACUCUUCCAGAAGAUUCUGGUAUAUACAGAGUAACUGCCACUAAUUCUGCUGGUUCUGCUAGUUGCCAAGCCACACUUAGGGUUGAACGUGUGAUGCAUGUCAAGAAGGUCUUUGAGUAUGAGGGGGAUAAGAAAAAGAAGCAAGCUCUAGACCAACAACAGAUUGACAAGAAAGUCAGAUUAACUCAGAUACUGGCUGGUACAGAUGAAGUAGCACUUAUUCCUGUAGCAAAACAGGCAUUAAAAGAGGCUGCAGCUAUGUUCAAACCAGCUGUAACCACUAAAAAGGUAAAGACUGAAGCUGAGGAGGCAAAGGAAAAAGAAGAAAGAAGGAAAAGGGCAGAGGAAAAGAGAAUGAGAAUGCCAUAUGAUGUCCCUGCACCUCGUAUUUAUGGUCCUACUACUCUUCAGGAAGACAUGGAGAUCAAGCACUUUAAACCAUUAUCUGACAUGAAGUGGUACAAGAAAUUACGAGAUCAAUAUGAGUUCCCUGAGCCAAUGGAAAAAAUUCCUGAGAAAAGACUUAAGCGUAUUCGGCUGUCAAGGUGGGAACAAUUUUAUGAAGUGCCAUUUCCAAGGGUUAAAGAUCGAUACCAGCCAAAAUUGCGCACACCAACUGUUUCACAAGAUGACUUGGAAACUGUUAGACCAGCAAGAUGGCGAACACCUUCUCCAGAAAUGCUAGCUUGCUGCAGAAUAAGAAGGUAUUCACUUGGUGAUGAGGAAUUGCUUCUUCCUGUUAAAGAAUACCUGUCAAUGAAGAGUACUGAGGAAGAAAGACUUAAACUUGAGGAGGAACUUAGAUUAGGCUACUCUGCUUCUCCACCAAGUCUAAGUCCUGUACGCUUUGAACUCUCUGCGUUGCGUCCUACAUCACCGAAGAGGACUGUAUAUGAUGUUGAAGCUGAAGAAGAAGGGGAAGUUCCUUCAUAUGACACUUAUCGCAUUCCCUCCAAGUAUGAAGCUGGCCCAAGCUACAUUGAUCUACGUCAGAGACAUGAUAAAGCAACAUAUAGACCUCCUAAACAGAAGCAAAGAAUGUAUGAAGAAAAGGAGGACCAAGAACUUCUUAGACCAGUCACUACCACAUCAAGGAUAACUUCUUACAAGAGUCAGCUGAAACAUAUGGAGUUUGAGGAAAAAACAAGAAUCACAAGAGCAGAGAAAACAAAAAUUUCAGUAUCUACAGUAAUUAAGGGAGACACAUUUGACAUAUCUGAUGUACCAAUGAGAUCAUUUUCACCUAGUUAUAGUAAGGUGAUAAAACCCAUGGCUGAGAUGUCUCCUACAGUGGAUGAGGACAAAAAAGCAAGCAUCGUACUUCCAAGCCCAGAGGGGAAACAUCCACACUCUAUAAGCCUAGUGUCAACUGAGAAAGCAGUGUCUACACAAGACCUGUCCAUAAAGGUUGACUACAUGCAACGUUAUGAAGCAAUGAAAAAAUCUUUGAAAACUGAGACAAAGUUUGAAACACUUUCUCAGCAGCCAUUUAGUCUUGACCAUACACCAAGAGUGACUGUAAGAAUGCGCUCCCACCGUGUAGCAGUUGGUCAAAAUACAAAAUUCACUUUGAACGUUCAAUCUAAACCAGAAGCACAGAUCCAGUGGUAUCACAAUGGCCAGCCUAUUCAAGAAGGCAAUAAGUAUCGGAUGUAUAACUUGAGUGGGGUUCUUUCUCUCCAGAUCAUUGACUGCCAAGAACAAGACAGUGGGACUUACCGUGUCACCUGCACAAAUGCAAAGGGAGAAGCCUCAGACUAUGCCACAUUAGAUGUUUCUGGAAAUGAAUUUGCUGCAUAUACAUCUCAGCGCAAAGAGGAAGAGCCUCCAACUCCUUUUAUACCUGAAAUGACAAGAACAGAUGUUUAUCAUGUGUCAUCAUCAAAGGCAACAUCUACCACCAAAGCACACAUUUCAGAAGAAGUAACUGAAAUUAAAACAUCAGAUAUCAAAACAGAUGCAACAGAAAUUGCUAUUCAUGAAGAGUAUGUAUCAUCUGAGGUAAAGCUUAAAACCACGGAAAUGGUAAAAGUAGAGGAAGCUCAAGUUGAGACAAGGAAACCAACCCGUUCUGUUACAAUUCUAACUAAGCCACAGUCACUCACUGUUUCUGAGGGAGAUUCAGCAAAUUUUACAUGCGAUGUGGAUGGUGAACCAGUACCCUCUAUAACUUGGUUAAGGAAGGGACAAGCUAUUGUAUCGUCCCACCGUCAUCAUGUAACAACAACAGAAUACAAGUCCACAUUUGAGAUAUCACAAGUUGAAAUUUCAGAUGAAGGAAACUACACGUUGGUUGUGGAGAACUCUGAGGGUAAACAAGAAGCAGAAUUUACACUGACUGUUCGCAAACCAACACCUGUGCAGAAAGUUCUUGCUUCUCCUCCAAGAGUGAAGUCUCCAGAGUCUCCUCGUCUGAAGUCACCUGCAGGCAUCAAAUCCCCACAAAGAAUCAAGUCACCUGAACCAAUUAGGUCACCACAAAGAGUCAAGUCACCACUCACACCAAAGUCACCAGUUCCAAAAGAGAAAACAACUAAGCCUAGCUUUUCAGCAGGACUGAAUGAUAUUAUUGCUUUGUCAGAUACAAUUAUCAAGCUGACAGUAAAAGUUGUGGCUGUGCCUAAACCAGUGAUUUCCUGGGUAAAAGAUGGGAAGAGUGUCACACAGGGUGGAAAAUAUGAAAUAUUUGAGGAAAACAGUUCUGCACAUCUUGAAAUCUAUGACGCUGAUACUUCUGAUAGUGGUGUUUAUGAAUGCACUGCAAAAAACAGCGAUGGAUCAGUUACAACAAGAUGCACUGUAACUGUUAAAGAAUCAGGAGAAUUAACAGCAUUUGGUGUACAAACAAAGGCAGAACUAAAAGAAGCUCUUGUAAGAAAGGAGAUAAUUCAUGAAGAAGUCCAGAACAUUUCAGAAAUUAAAGCUUCACAAACACAAAUAAAAAUGACUGAAGGCCAGUCUGUCACACUGAAAGCAAAUAUUCCUGGAGCUUCUGAUGUAAAAUGGAUUAUGAAUGGAAUAGAACUAAUCAAUUCAGAGCAAUAUAGAUAUGGUAUUUCUGGAAAUUACCACACUUUGACCAUUAAGAGUGUAAGUUCCCAUGAUAGAGGAAUUGUCACAUGUGAGGCAAAAACUGAACAAGGAGUGGUCAAGUGCCAGUUUGACACAACAGUGAGUGAGAAAUUAUGCGGUGCACCAAGCUUCCUAGUGCAACCGCGUUCCCAGAACAUAAAUGAAGGACAGGAUGUCAUAUUCUCUUGUGAAGUAAUGGGUGAGCCUGCCCCUGAAAUUGAAUGGCUAAAGGACAACAAAGUGUUAUCCAUUGCAUCAAAUAUGAAACUGAGUCGCUCUAAGAAUGUGUAUAAACUGGAGAUUCAGAAUACCAAUGUUGAGGACAGUGGCAAAUACACAGUGACGGCCAAGAAUCAAUUUGGACAGUGUUCUGCAACAGCAUCUCUCAAUGUUCUUGCUCUGGUUGAAGAACCUGUCAAAAUGAUUGCAAUGAAGGAAAGCUCAGAUGCUACAGGCAUACAAAGUAGCAGUUCUGCCUUGCUCAUGGCUUCAACAAUACAGGCAGCAACAAGCAGCAGCUCCAGCAUGGCUCAGCUUAAAUUUCAAAGCAUGUCAAAAACUAGCAUGACUUCAAUGACAUCUGAAUCAGUUGUAGCCAUGGGUUCAUGCAGCAUGAUGGAAAUGUCUACUCAUGCACAUGUUGCGGGGUCUUCCCUCAGAUCCAUUUCGUACAAGUACAAAGGUGUACCACCUAAAAUUGAAGCUGCCCCUGAGGAUAUUAGCAUAGAGUCCGGAAAGGUUCUAACUGUGGCCUGUGCUUUCUCUGGAGACCCAGUACCAGAUGUUCAGUGGUCCCGUUCAGGGAGAAUACUGUCCAGUGAAGAGAGUGAAAGGCUCCAGAUUAAGAACACUGAGGACACUACUACACUCACUAUUUGUGGCAUAAAAGAAAAUGAUGCUGGAGCAUACACCCUCAAACUUUCAAAUGAGCUUGGCUAUGAUACUGCUACCGUCAACAUCAAAAUUCGCUCUAUGUGAAAAAAUAUGUAUUAAUCCAGUCCAUACCCUUUUUCCUUUCUUCAAUAUAUUUUAUUUAUUGAAUGAGUAAGAAAAAUAAUGUUCUAGAUAAAGACCUGGAUCUCUGUUCUGUAAAUAUGAACUAUUUUUAUACCAAACGUGACAUUAAUUUAUGCCAAACUAGACUAAAGUCUAAAAUUGUUAUAAAAUGUGCCAUAUUGGGUAAUUACGACUUUUUGAACCAUUUUUCUGUGACAUGUACAUAAUGUAUAUAGCCGAAUUUAACGGUUAUGGAGAAUGUAUGAAUUGUUAUUUAUGACAAUAACUUAAACAAAUUGAAUGAAAUGUUUAACAGGAGAAAGUUUCUCAUGGAACGAAUACCCUGUGAAACCUGAAACAAAAUUAUGUGCCUCAACAAUACGUUGAAGUCUUAAGAUUGCCUCAACAGGUAGAGAGGCUCCCUGUUGAAGUUCUACUAAAUAAAGGGACAAAUGCACUGUACACCUGUGCAUAUAGUAUUGCAGUAUUCAAAUGAAUUUACAACUUGACCAUAAGACCUUGAAUGCUGUUUGUGUCUCACCCUCACAUAAGCAGCAUGACUAGGUCUUGUGUUCAGACUGACUAUAUCAUAUCACCAUUUUAAUGACAUGCUGAAAGUGCGAGCGGCCUGCACAAUGAGCUGAUGAUGAUAUGCGCUUAUGUUCUGUCAAAGGACUGUUUGAAUUUGAUCUAAUGAAAGCAACAUCACCUGGCCAUUAAUUUAUUUAUCAACUCAGAUACUCCUUUGCAGAAUGUAUGCCACCUCUUGGAGGAAUGCUAGGUUAUAUUGUGUGUUUUUGUGUUAGUGUGUGUUAGUGUUAGGAUCUCAUUUUGCCAGGGUAAUCAUCAAGCGGUAUACCACAGUAAAGACAUCUGCUGUGCAUAGAAAACUACAUUCAAAAAUAAAUGAAUGCAAUACCCUGCACUAGGAUGCAAUAGCAAUGCAUAUAUGUAGAUUUACCUAUAUAUUCUGCCUCCUUGAGUUUUAUGAAUUUUUGAUUUAAUAAAGCAUGAUUUCAGCACCAUAAA